CAAGUUAGCAGGCACUGUUAAUCAGUGUAGCAGCAGUUUGCCCUCAGCUCCCCUUCCCUCCUGCCUUUUAUCUGCUGAGCACAAUUGUGCUCAAGCAUUGGAAAUAGUCAUCUUACUGUUUCAGCCGUUCUAAGAAUAAGCAGGAGGAACCAUCUUAAUCUGUAGCUGCCCACAUGAUCAGCAUUCAUUUCCCAGCAUGUAGGUAGGUGAUUAAUAUUAAUCUGUCUAGUCAAAGAUGGUAGACAGCUUGGGAAGGAUCCUCUCGUCAUAAGUAUAAUACAUUCUUUGUGCAUUGUAUCAAUGACUUUGUCCUUAUUUAAGGAAUGUGGGGCAGGUGUGUAGGAGAUUAUACUACAGGGGCCCAACUACAUUUUAUGCAGGAAAUCUGUGGUUAAUCUCCUGACCACCACAACAACAACAACUCCCUCCCCAAUACAGCUAUGAGGGGCAGCUGCCAGUUUGUUUGUAGAAGAGGGUGUUCAACCAUUUCCUGUGUAUUGAUUACAGAUCAGAAUCACACUCCCAAAGCUGUUUUAACUACCUACCCUGCCCAUUGUGGGCAGAGAAAUGGAUCGGGAAUACAGUACGGGAGGGAAAGAUUAAAUACUCCAUCACUACCACAGCUCUGAAUAGGUCUCCAGUGUCCAUAUUUAAGAAAAAAUAUUAAUGGACCUUCUUCAUAAUGUGAUGGUUGGCCUAUGUAACCUAGCACGUUUUCUGCUUUUUUGAAGAAAGGCCUUUACAUUUUCAUCACCCUCUAGCAUUUUCUCUAGUACCUGGCACUCUGGUUUUGUUUGCCAUCAUAUCCCUGGUAUCGCUAGGAAUAUUAUGGAAAAAUUAUUUCCUCCUUAAACUACUGAUUGUUCUGGUGUGGAACCCAGCCAGGACCCUGUUUUCCAACUCUAAUAUUUGUAGUUUUACUCAACAGGGUUGUUGUUGUUUUGCACAUUAACCCACCCCCAAUUGCGCUCUGUUUUGUUUUAUUUACAGUUCUUCAUAGGGAGUUGUUCCACUCUCUUCAUCAUUUUCAUUUCCCUUUUCUGAACCUUUUUGGAAAUCUAAAUUCUUUUUGAUAAGAGUAUUCCAAAUAAAGCUGCAUGAUACAUUUGUAUAAUAGCAUUAUGAUACUAGCAGUUUUAUUUUUAAUUCUUUUCCUAAUGAUCUGUAGCAUGGAAGUCACCUUUUUCUUCAUCAAGCUAUCCACUACAACUGCAGGGUCUUGUACCUGGUCAGUCGCUUCCAGUUCAGACCCAGUGAGCACAUAUGGGAAAGCAAGAUAGUUUUGCACCAACAUGCUUCACUCUACACUUGUUUCCAUUGAAUUUUGUUUGCCAUUUUACCACCGAUUCUCUCAGUUUUGAGAUGUCCCACUGAAUUCAGGUGGACAUACAUUUAGAUAAGUGGGUGUUGGAUUGCAGCCCCUGCACUAGAAGCAAUGCUCCUACAAUACUCUGGGGAAGACUUGCCUGGUUGCCCUAGCAUCCCUCAGCCUGAGGCAUUGUGGGGCAAGAAUGUUGCACCAUCAGGGCUGGGUGAGGAGGAACAGUUGUGCCAUUGGAGUGGGGUGGGAGGGACAAAGUUGUGGUGAAGGAGGAAAAGGUCACAGAGGCAAAGUGACUUUUGGUUGCCUGGAUGGAGGAUAGAGAAGGGUGUGUGAAUGUGUGUGCAGGUAAAAUCUAUGUUCAAGCCUCCAUCCACUUGGCUUCUGGCCCCACAAACCACUGGCAUGUGACGCCCUGGAAAGUUGAGCAGCAGGGAAUGCAGCCAUUUGGCUGGGAAAAGCUUCCCACUCCUGCUAUACAAGGUCAUUCAGGUAUGGAUUUAAAUAACUAUCUGAUCGACUGACUAAGUUUCUUCCACAGGGUGAGAGGGCAUUCUUAUUUUUACAGAGUGUUAUAUUUUAGUUGUCAGAAUAAGCUGACCCUCAAGUUGCUAUAUUAUUUAUAAAAUAAGUCCACCAUAAACUUGGAAACACAAAGGGGUGUGUUGCCAUGGAUCUGUUGCUGAUACAUGAAAUGUUUCUUUUUAAAAUAAUAAUAAUAACUGCUUCAAAUGUUUAUGCAGGCAGGUGUUGUGUAGGUGUUACCUGUAGGAGGCUGGCUUAAGUGUAUCAACUCCUUACCUGGAGUAGAAUUGGGCCUCCAAACAGCAUCUGUUCUUCCUUCUUCUCCUUCUCCAAAUGCAAUAUGAUACUAGUUUUAGCCUUUUUUCAGUUGUGUAGACAGCAACACAGAUGGGCUAUAGCAUUUUAAAACUUCCACAUAGAGAAGCAGCUGCACCAAACACUUCCAGACAAGCAUCACAGUUGGGUAUCAAAAGUUCCAGAGAAAUAACUUAACAGCCCGUGAGAUAAUAACAAUAAAAUAGGCUAGGCCAUGAAGGGUAGAGGGCAGAAAAUUAAAAGCAGAACAAGGAAUAACCGCAGAUGCUGUAAUACAAGACAAGAGAAGAAAUGUGUAGGAGACAAAUGGACCGCACUUUGUUCGAAAGUGGAAGGACUGGGAGCCUCAGAUUCAGUAAUGUAGCCUGUGCUUUAUAUGGAUCACUUAUAUAAAAUGCCAGGGUAACAGUUUUACAGCAGGUAUCUUGACCUGCUAGAUUAUGGAUGCUGGAGUAUCAGUACUCGCUUGCUUUUUGUUCUGAUCUAUGUAAGAAACAUGGGGGCACGGGUGGCGCUGUGGGUAAAACCUCAGCGCCUAGGACUUGCCGAUCGCAUGGUCGGCGGUUCGAAUCCCCGUGGCGGGGUGCACUCCCGUCGUUCGGUCCCAGCGCCUGCCAACCUAGCAGUUCGAAAGCACCUCCGGGUGCAAGUAGAUAAAUAGGCACCACUUUAUAGCGGGAAGGUAAACGGCAUUCCGUGUGCUGCGCUGGCUCGCCAGAUGCAGCUUGUCACGCUGGACACGUGACCCGGAAGUGUCUGCGGACAGGGCUGGCUCUCGGCCUAUAGAGUGAGAUGAGCGCACAACCCUAGAGUCUGGCAAGACUGGCCCUUAUGGGCAGGGGUACCUUUACCUUUUUAUGUAAGAAACAUACAUUACUUUCUUAAUUUCUACAACCAAGAACAUUCAUGUGAUGGAAUCAUAGAAUCAAUAUAGUGGGAAUAGAUGGGCAUUGCAAAUUGUUUCAAAGGCAUAAAGAGGACAUAGCUUUUAAUGGUAAAAAUGGCAAAGUUCAAAUGCCCCAGUGAUAAUUACAGGUGAAUAUCGUGGAAAAGUUCAUUUAUUUCAGUAAUUCAGUAAUUUAAAAGGUGAAACUAAUAUAUGAGAUAGACUCAUGACAUGCAAAGUGAGAUAUGUCAAGCCUUUAUUUGUUAUAAUUGUGAUGAUCAUGGCGUACAGCUGAUGAAAACCCCAAAUUAACAAUCUCAGAAAAUUAGAAUAUUAAAUGACCAACACCAGCUGAUGACAUGGCUCCCCAAAUCAACACAGACUGUGGAAACUUCACAUUGGACUUCAAGCAUCUGGCAUUGUGUGCCUCCCCAUUCUUCCUCCAGACUCUGGGUCCUUGGUUUCCAAAUGAGAUGGCAAAAGCUGCUCUCAUCAGAAAAGAGAUUUGGGGAGCCAUGUCAUCAUCUGGUGUUGGUCCACUGUGCUUCAUUAAGUCCAGGGUCAACACAGCCAUCUACCAGGAGAUUUUGGAGCAUUUCAUGCUUCCUUCCGCAGACGAGCUUUAUGGGGAUGCUGACUUCAUUUUCCAGCAGGACUUUGGCACCUGGCCACACUGCCAAAAGUACCAAAACCUGGUUCAGUGCCCAUGGGAUUACUGUGCUUGAUUGGCCAGCAAACCCGCCUGACCUGAACCCCAUAGAGAAUCUAUGGGGCAUUGCCAAGAGACAGAUGAGAGACAUGAGGCCGAGCAAUGCAGAAGAGCUGAAGGCUGCUAUUGAAGCUUCCUGGUCUUCCAUAACACCUCAGCAGUGCCACAGGCUGAUAGCAUCCAUGCCACGCAACACUGAAGCAGUAACUGAUGCAAAAGGGGCCCAACCAAGUACUGAGUACAUAUGCAUGCUUCUACUUCUCAAAGGUCAAAUAUUGCUCUAUUUGCAGUCCUUGUUUUGCUGAUUUCAUUUAAUAUUCUAAUUUUCUGAGAUUGUUAAUUUGGGGUUUUCAUCAGCUGUAUGCCAUGAUCAUCACAAUUAUAACAAAUAAAGGCUUGACAUAUCUCAGUUUGCAUGUCAUGUGUCUAUCUCAUAUAUUAGUUUCACCUUUUAAGUUGAAUUACUGAAAUAAAUGAACUUUUCCACGAUAUUCUAAUUUUCCAAGUUUCACCUGUAUCUUCUUCAGAUAAUUCAGCAAUAAGACUUUCUUAUUCACAUUCCUAGGUAUAAAUAGAGUCAUGUUCAAGGGUUGGGGAAUGCCAUAUGCAGUGGUACCUCGGUUUAAGAACAGUCCGGUUUAAGAAACAUUCGGUUUACAAACUCCGCAAAACUGGAAAUGGUGUCCCGGUUUGAGAACUUUACCUCGGUCUAAGAACAGAAUCUGAAUGGUGGAAGGGCACUGGUGGUGGGAGGCCUCAUUAGGGAAAGCAUGCCUCGGUUUAAGAACAGUUUCGGUUUAAGAACGGACUUCAGAAACAGAUUAAGUUCGUAAACCGAGGUACCACUUAAUGUAAUACUUUACUAAAGAGAGAAGAUUCAAGCCUACCAGUAUUAUGAUUAUAAAGAGGAAUUUGGACAUUUUCAUUCAUGGGCCGAUGGCUGAUUCAGUGGGGUCAUCCACAGGACUAAUCUAAGAAGGAAGAGAAUCAUCAACGAAGUGGAGGGGGAAUGGCUUUGUUUCAGCAACAGCAGCCAAGAGAAACAGUGGUGCUGAACCUCUGUUUAAAAAAUGAGACCUAUUUGCACAAUCUCAGUGUUUCUCCAGUAAAAAAAACAGUCGACUCAAUAGAAAGUUUUACCUGAGAAUUGAAUAUGAGCAUAUUCAGUGCUUCUCUGUUUGCAGCUGAAUCCUGUGACCCAGUGCUGUUCAGUGAGCCAUCAGUUAGUUGCUGGUCCCCAGUGAUUUUACCACAGCCCAGGUUGGAUGAGAUGCUUCAGGGACCUAAUAUAGCACUGGUCCCUGGCACAGUUGGGGUGUGGAAUGCCACUCCACCACAUCAGAUAGCUUGAGAAGCACUGGUCCACACUGACUGGCAGUGGCUCUCCAGGACACAUGGCUUGUGAGUAGCCUAGAAGAAUUGGCUGCUUGCAGCCCCAGCAUGUCUUCAGAUUGCCUUGCUUCUCUGCACACACACACACCCCAGCAAACACACACACAUGCAAUUCCCACCCUGUGUGGCCCAUUAGCCUGUGCAGACUUUCAGGCAUUGGGGGGCAGCUGCAGUGCAAGAACAAGGAGUGUUGGUUUCAGUCCUUAAAAUGUGCAGCUCAAGGCUGUGCAUUGCCAAGUGCUUUGGGGAGAGUUGAAAGGGCUUAGAUUUGAUUGGGUGUAUUCUGUGUUUUUGGACUACUUAUGUGGAAAGAAAGAUAAGCAUGUAUGGGGGACAGGAGAGUUGGACAAGCAUCUGUUGUGCCUUGGGCUUUCACCACACACAAUAACACAAAUUAGGUUUCUUUGUGUGCAUACUUUUCAGAUAGUGGUAAAGUGGGUAAGAACCAGAGAAUGGAUGUAAUAUGCAGUUUGAAAUAUAUAAUUUUGUUGUAUGAACCAGCUGGGUUUGCUUACAGUACUAAAACAUUUUUAUUGCUAACCAUUUGUGUGUAUGUGUGUGCGUGUGUGCUGGUGCAUGUGUAAUGAGAAUGUUUAAGGAAAAAAUCAUGGUGGAAUUGUCCUUUACAGGUGGCAGAAUUAUACUCUGCAAGUUUACAGGACAGAUUUGUGUUCUACUAGUUGAGGGAGAUUAUAGGGCAGUGAAGUGAUGUGGUAUUCAUUGGAUGAUGCCAUUGAUGUUCAAAGUACACAAGCACUUUGUUUUCAGGAAUAAACUUUAUUUCAUGCAAGCAGCUUUCCAUGCCAGCUGCAAUAUUUAAUAAUGUCUCUUCUCUCUAUGUGGGUAUAUGUGUGUGAGAGAGACAGACAGAGAGAGAGAAAGAGAGAGAGAGAGAGAGAUGCAGAACAAUAUAGGUAUACUCUCAAGCUGGUUUGGAGGUUCUAGCAGGGGAACACAGCUAUCGUAUACCCUUGACCGAAGAACAGUACACUCCUAUCUGGGAUGGUCAUCCUCUUCCACCGAGCACACAGCUUUGGGAGGGACGCACAUGGAGCCAAGAAAUGUGUGCAAAAAUAUACUUACUAGCGUGAAGUAUGCAAAAAAUGCAUAUGUUAAUGAAAAUAGCAUACAAAAAAAAAUUGUGGUAAGAAAAACAUUAUGGCCCAGGCACCACAUCCUCCUGAAAGAUGGUUUGUCAAUGUGAUGCCCUCCAGAUGUUGUUAAAAUCCAGUUAGUAUUACUGCUAGUCAGGGAUGAUGGGAAUUGUAGUCCAACAGCAUCUGGAAGCUACCUGUUGGCUACCAUUGCUCUGGAGGAAAUGUCACAUUCUUUCAGUUCCCUGCUAAAUCCUGUUCUGUGCUUAUCAUUGUGUUUCACAGUUGCCCUCCCCAUCCCUUGACCUUCAUGGCCUGGCCCCAAACCAUCACAUCUUAAUUUUUCAUUGUGCUUUUUCUCUGCUUUCACUUCAUGUCAGCAUCCAGGAUGUUUUCUAGCUCACCAAACACAGAAGCAUGACAGGUAUCAUCUCACUCUUCCUGCCUCUAGAGGCAGAUUUAGGGGAGCACGACUGGUUCAGUUGCACUGGGUGCAGACCCUCAGGGGCACCACAGCUAUGAGGUAGAAUGGAAGGCAAGAGGUAGAGGGGUCCCGAAUUUUGGCCUCACAGAGGGCGCUGCUGAAAUUUGAGGCCCUCAGGUCCACCACUGCUCCCUCGCUAAUUAAAUUACAGACUUCACAAUCCUGGACACUACCAUAGCUUCUGUUUCUGUCCUGGCCUCCUUCAUUAGGGUCUCCUGCACUGUAACUUUUGUACCAGUGUAGUGUAAUGGUUAAAGUGUAGGUCCAGGGAGACCUGGGUUCUCAAAUCCUCACUCAGCCACAAGCUUCACCAGCUGCCAUCUUUCAGUAUAGCAGGUUGUUGUAUAAAGGAGCAAGAACCCAGGAGAACAUGCUGCCCACCAGCUGUGGGCUGUUUUGCAGCUCACAAUCAGAGAAGAAAGGAAGCAUCAGCUGCUAGAGUUCCUUCAGGUGAGUCAGAUCUCUGCAAGACCUAUGCUGUAAACUGCCCAGAGUGGCUGGGGAAAUCCAGGCAAACUAACAGUGGGCAUAACUCACAUUACAGUCCUUAUGAUUCUGUUAGGACACGAGGCACAGCCACAAGUCUUAAAAGCUAUCAUCCUUGCACUGGGAGCAGACCCUCAGGGGCACCACAGCUAUGAAGUAGAAUGGAAGGCAAGAGGCAGAGGGGUGCCGAAUUUUGGCCUCACACAGGGCAUUGAUGAAAUUUGAGGCCCUGAGGUCCACCACUGCUCCCUCUCUAAUGAAGUAAUAAUAAUAAUUAAUAAUUUAUUUAUACCCCGCCCAUCUGGCUGGGUUUCCCCAGCCACUCUGGGCGGCUUCCAACUGAAUAUUAAAAACAGUACAGCAUUAGACAUUAAAAACUUCCCUAAAGAGGGCUGCCUUCAGUUGUCUUUUAAAAGUAAAAUAAUUAUUUAUUGCCUUGACAUCUGCUGGGAGGGCGUUCCACAGGGCAGGCACCACUACCGAGAAGGCCCUCUGCCUGGUUCCCUGUAACCUUACUUCUCGCAAUGAGGGAACCGCCAGAAGGCCCUCGGCCGUUUAGGGCUUUAAAGGUCAGCACCAACACUUUGAAUCGUGCUCGGAAACGUACUGGGAAGUUACAAACUUUGCAGUCCUGGGCACUACCAUUGCUUCUGUUUCUGUCCUGGCCUCCUUCAUUAGGGUCUCCUGCGCUGUAACUUUUGUACCAGUGUAAUGUAAUGGUUAAAGUGUAGGUCCAGGGAGACCUGGGUUCUCAAAUCCUCAAUCAACCACAAGCCUCACUUGGCGUCCUUGGGCCAGCUGCCAUCUUUCAGCUAAGCAGGUUGUAGUGAGAAUAAAAAGGGAAAGGGGGAAACCAUGUACAUGACCUUGAGCUCCUUGGAGGAAAGGUGAGAAAUAAUAACAGUAACCAUAACAAUAAUAAGCGACAUUCCACGAAUGAGUCCCUUCAAUGCAAGGAUUUCCAUAUGUGCACUCCUUAAAUCUGCUCCAGAGGGUUGGGGAAAACCAUUAGAACAGAUUUAGGAGGGACAGAGCAGGAGAAGAGGGGCAGAACAUUGUGCUAUGCAAGUAAAAGUCCUUUUGCUUGUGCAAAAAUUGCCCUAGUGCUAUGUCAGAUUCCACCUAUCUGUUACCAUUAUCAAUAUUACUGCCAUUAUUGUUAUUAAUAAGCCUGACCAACCACCAAGUCACCUGCUGCUUACAGUAGACCUCUGGGUAUCCUACAGCUUCAUUUAGUCAAUGAAAAUUCAUUGUAAGGGUAGCAGAAUACUACCAGCCCAAAUCAAUUCACAAUUCUGUAGGAGGUAUUGGCGGUGUAUUCUCCAUGCUUCUCUCCUCCAGCAGUGCUAUGGAAAAUCAAGCACUUUGCUUAAUUCAAAUAAUGUCUGUCUGUCUAAAGUCAGAACGUGCCUCAGGUCAUCUUGAAUGAAUGGCAUUGUAUUGAUUACAGCAAGUAAAAUGAGAGAGAGGCCCUCCAGCCAAACUUUGAUCUGCAGUUGCAGUUGGUUGCUUUGACCAUAUGGAACAACCAACACCUUUUGAAAAUUGCAUAACUGCAUAAUUCUUUUUAUAUUAAAUAAAAAUGGGUUCCAAACCAGGAACAUUUGUUCCAUUUCUAACUUUCUGCAAUGGAAUUCAGAUAGACUGAAAAGCUCUGGAAUGUUGGAACUAUGACAGAUUGAAAUUUAGGGAAUCCACUCAUUCUAAAAUAAAUAAAAAGAUACUACUUUCAUGUAAAUACAGAUUUUUAUAUUGAGUAAUUAGGAUGGCAAAUAACACAGCCUCAAGACUCCCAAAGUGGCAGUGGAAUAUAGGAUUAGUUUAAUUUAGCAUAUACCCAACUACCAUACCCACCCUUAUCUUUUUUUUCCCCUUGGCAGUACAGAGAUUUUGCAAGUCAAUCAAUCAAUACAUUUCAUUUCUGAUAUUCAAGACAUGAUUGAUGUUGGACUUAACUGCCCAGGGGUCCUUUACCGUUUUUUUUUUUUUUACCUGUAGCCAAAGCAGCCCCACCAAUGCACAGGAAGGAGGGAUCAGUAGUAUUUUAAGUCUGCAGAAGUCUUUAAAGGAAAAAACCUUGAACAUUCUUUGAGUUACAAGUUGUCAUGGAAUUAAUUUUGUAAGUAAACCGCAUAUGUUCACUUUUAAUCUCUUUCACUUGCAGACUAUAGGGGCACAUAUUACAUUUGCCACAUCUGUAAUGACCUCUCGUAAUUGUAGAUGAUGGUUCUAGACAGUCAGUCCUAACUAAUUGAUUUCGUAGGGACCCUUUCUUUCUCAGGCCCAAAAGGGGUGGAUCUUUACAGCCAGGAAUAUCUUCAACGAUGUGCCAUAGUUUAUUUAUAAUGUUCCUAAUUGUGCUCUGAAUCCCUAGUCCCAAUUACCAUUGUUUAAAAUAUCCUUGCCUUGUUCUUUUAUUCUGACCAAGUCUUUCAACCAUCUGGUGAAAGUGUACACCGGAGUCUGGUCUUAUCAGAUGGCAUAAAUUUCCCUCUCGGAAUAAUAUGUGUGCAGCACAAGUAUAUGGAUUUCUCACAGGUUUUCUUACUCACAAAUGGUAUCCGAAGUAUCCCUAAGUGAGGAACCUUGUCUUGGAUGGGAAUGUGAAUCAGUUCAGGCAUUCUGCAUCCUUCAGUCCCUCUCACCCAUUCCAAGAUGCUCUCACAUUGCCUCCUGUGCUGUCUCUAGCCUCAUUCUCCUCCUGUUGCCCUCCUGGUGCUUCCACUUCCUCUUCCUCCUCUCCCAUGAUUUCCCAACUUUCCCCCUCAUCUGCCUCUGAGCUGUGACCUCCCUCAAAUCCCUGCUGUAAAUCUAAACUGUCUUCCUCUUCUCUGGAAGGGUCAGGCUGGGGAGGUGGUCUCCACCAUUCCUUCUCUGCCCAGUCCCUGACAAAGAGCCAUUUCCAGUCAGUGUGGACAAUAUUGACCAUUAUGGACCAAUGGACGGAAAGCAACUUCCUGUUUUCCAAACAUUGAUAGUGCUCUCACCUCUUUGCUGAAUGAGAUUUAGAACCUUCCAAAGUCCUUCCCAUAUCUAAAUGGAAUCUUGAUGCCUGAAGAAGUAUGUUUUUGAAAAGAAAAGGGGAGUAUAUGCUUCAAGAUUGUUUUCAUUGUGAAAAAUAAACAGUUUCUACUUAGAUCUGGUACUGUGAUUUCCAAGGAAGUCCAGGCUAUGAAGGUAAAUGAAUAAUAGGAUUAUUGCCGACUUUCAAUCCAGCUGUACUGGUAAAUUAAUCAGCGUACUCAUAUUGUGUUAUUAUAGGAUUCAUUUUUUAAAAAAAAUCUGGUAAGUGAUAAGCCCUCAUAAUUGAAGCAAAGGACAAGAAUAUCUUCAGGAUAUCUAGUGCACUCUCUGUAAGCAAAAUAAUAAUAACUAGCAGAAAUUGCCCAGUGAAUUCUAAGAGGCCUUAUAAAGUUUUGGAAUCAGUGGUUAAAACCAGUUUUGAAAGGGCCAGACUGGCAUCUUCAUCCAAUAGGGCUUCCAGUUGUAUCCAAAUGUAGACAAGAGGCUUGCUCCUUGAGCUCAGGAACCAUCAUGCAAAAUUUUGUUAAAUGGUAUCCACAUGCCUAGAGAACUUUUUUUAAAAUAAAGCAAAUGAGGAUGAUGCUUGGCAUUGUUAUAAUAAAAUUACAUGGUGAACAGAUGCUACAUGUUUUGAUAUGAUGAUGAUGUUCCCUGGCCUCAUACCCAGAAACAAAGUUUAGGGGAGCGAUGGUUUGCUUCAAAAGAGAAUAGAGCAUAAGAAGCCCAGAAUUCUUCUCCAGCUUUGAAAGCUGUCUCUGUGCAAACAGACAGGGAUAAUUUCCAUUGGUUUCCACAGGAUGUUUUCCAUAGUGGGACUGAACAAACCUACUCUCGGGCUCAAAAAAAUAAAAAUAUAAAUUCCCUCAGGGCAUCCUCAUGGUGAUGGAACUGCCCUCCAAUAUUAUUUUUGGGUGCAGCCUUAGAAAACAUCUCGUGCAAAUGGAUCAUAGAAUCAUAGAAUCAUAGAGUUGGAAGAGACCACAAGGGCCAUCGAGUCCAACCCCCUGCCAAGCAGGAAACAUUUGCACAGGGGCUACUUUUUAAAGAUGCCCUCCCCACCAACAAAACACUGUGUCUGAGGGACAAAAACCAAAAACCAGCGGGAGACAUUCUUGUCUCAAAGGUCUAUUGCAGGGGUGAGGAAGUAUUUUCUUCCCAUAUAUAUGGAGAUCAGUCUUGGAAAGAGGGAUUGUACAAUAUAUUGAGAUAACCCACUCCAUUUGUUUGCCCAGGACUCUAGUUCUCAGCAGUCCCAAAUUUUAGCUGCCCCCAUAGAAGCCAACUGCUAGGGGCUGAGGUCCCUUCACUCCCCAAUUAAAUAUUUGAAGGGGCUGUCCCCCUAAAGUUGAUAGGCAUUUCAAUUCAAAUUGUGUGUGUGUGUGUGCAUGUGUGCAUGCGCCACAUCGUGUGAUUGAUUAUGUGGGGCGGGGCUUACCGCCCCCCCAUAUUUUAUUCAAUUUGGCACCCCUGACUGCCCCUAUUUUAAGACAUUCAGGUCCACUCUUUCCUCUUAGAGCAUAUUAAUUGCUAUUUGUCUCUCUGUCCGGUUCUUAUUAGCUAGGAUCAAAGAUGCAAAUGAUUACUGGGAUUUAUUCAAGUAUGCUGUCAACAUUCUUGAGCUGUAAGAACAGACAGUGUUUCCAUUCUUCACUAGUUCACCUUUUCCACUUAAAUAUAGCCAGCAAUUCAGUUGUUACAUCGUUCUGUUUACAGUGGUACCUCGGUUUUCUAACGUAAUCUGUUCUGGAAGACCAUUCAAGUUCUGAAAUGUUCGAAAAUCGAGGCGCGGUUUCCAGCUGACAGGAUAUUACACUCAGCGGAAGCCACCUCAGAAGUUCGACUUCCGAGGCAUGUUCGAAAACCGUAGCAUUUACUUCCAGGUUUAUGGUGCUCGAAAACUGAAAUGUUCGUCAAUGGAGACGUUCGAAAACCGAGGUACCACUGUACUUAGAAAUCUAAUUUAUACACCCAAGAUGGCAUGUUCAGAUCAUAAAGUUGCUGUUCAGCAUAAAACAAAUAAGGCAUGGCAAUUGUGCAUGCUCAAUUUGCAAAAUAAUUGUCAGCAUAGUAUUUGCCUCCCUUCCCCAACUUCCUGCCUUGGUGGUGACCUCUGAAUGACACUCAAGGCUCACUGUUGUUCUCAUGCAAGCUUGUCUGUAUGCUGUAACUAGUAAGUAGAAGAUACUGAGAAAUUGUUUGCAUUAGUAGUCCCUGGGCACAGAUGUUCCUCUGAUACUUCUUUCCCCCAUCCUAUCUUUUUGAUCCCUUUCCAUGUCCCUGUAACGUUUCAGCCACCAGCUUGUGAUCACAGAAUGACAUUUAUUAUUUCUUAGGUUUCAAGAUACCUUUUGUAGUCCUAGAAUAAUAGAGUUUUAGUAUUGGGAAAGUAAUCAUGCUCAUCCCUUUGUGCAGCACCAGGCUUAACAUGAACGAUUCUUAAGAAGUGUUUCGUUUUCUUGUAUAAGCAGUCAAGGACACAGGCUGCAAUCCAGUACAUGUUAUACACAUUUAAGCCUCACUGUUUUGUCUGCUGGAAUGUGGUUUGAGCUUUUUUUCCCAUUGAACAGCCAUUUUCAAAAUUAACAAAGGCUUAAAAGGGGGGGGUAUCCUUAAUAAGCAUCGUGUAGGGCUUUGUUGCUUCAUUAUGAACAACCUUGCCAAUGUCUUUGGGAUGGAGUGGAAGAUAUUUCUCCCAUGAGCCAUAUAUUGCCUUACUGCCUAUUCCUAGCUGGGCAGAACUUCUGAAUUCAUUCAAUUCACAGAGAUGACUUCCUGACUUGAUUACAACUAUUGUGCAUUUUCUCUUUACAUGUGCUGAAAUCUAUGUGUAUAGGUAGCAUUUGGACAUUCCUAUCCCUACAAGGAUGGCUUAUCAGGUGGAUGAGGAAGAGCUGCAUGCACUCAAUUCCCUCCUAAAGUGACCUGGGUUGAGAGUGAAGUAAUGUGGAAUCUGGCCCUUUCUUAUAUCCCAAACUAGACUUCUUACACUCCAUAAAAACUGGCCAAUGAAAAGUAGGGAUCAGUAUCUGGUUCUUGUUUGAUGUGCUUAAAUUCUUUAUCCAAUCCUUCUUGAAAUUCCUGUUUUCAUGUGGAUGUCCUGUCUUUAGUCCACCCAUAAUGAAGAGCUAGAGUGUAGUGAGGAAAGCAAAAGUAAAUGUCACUAGAAGCAAGUAGGACAUCUACCAGAAGACAGCUGACUAAAAUAUUAUUAAAUAUCAGUGAUCAUAAUUAACUUGUUAGUAAGUUAAGAUUUGCUGUUCUUUCAGUGGCUCUUGUUCUAUUACUAUAUUUGCGCAUCUUCACCUAAUGGCCUCAUCCGUGAGGAUUUUAACCCAUAGCGAUGGCAUUUAGUAUGUGAUGUGCACAUUUCUUGUAGCUGAGAAAAGUGCAGCUGGAUUUUGGAUUACGGUGUAAUUGCCACAGCAAUAUUUAUUUUAAGUGUGUUGGACACAAAUUACGGAACUGGUAAAAUGUCCUGGAUUUGGAAAGCUGAUGAUGUUCAGUUUGAAAAUGGGAAGGGGAUUAAACACAUUAGGCAUAUUUGUUGAUUUAGCAUUUAAAUGACAGGCAGUGUCUGGGACAGUAUGUACACAAAUUAUAUCAGGGCUGAAUGUAUUCAGUUUCCAUACUUAGAGCCCACUUCCCAAACCAUAUUAAUAUACCCUUUCCUCUUUAAUCAGAUCAUCAGCCUUCACCUCUUCAUUGCAUCCAUGUAAAUACCCUUAAAGUACUCUCCCUUUUUUGUUGCUGUUAGUUACUGUACUACUAAGGCAGAUUCAUAAAUGAAUUGUCCCUAUGUAGGAGAUAAUAACUACAGACAUCUAUGGCUAAACCGCCACGGAUGCAGGGUGUAAACAAACUUUUUUAAAAUGUGGGGUGUCUGAAGGAGAUUUUGUGCAGUUGGAGAAAUGCUUUAAAAACCCCUUUGCAACAACAUAUAAUGGCUUUAUUAUUCUUAUCCAGAUCAUGUGCUGUGACUGAAUUCAAUUGUAAUGGGUUUAGAUUCUAACAGGUAUUAUUCUGUCACACAAGUAGGGUGGCAAUAAUAAGCAGAAAGUUAAAGAGGUGUCUCACAUAAGCAGCUUAAACAGAUUUGAUAGCCCAAUUCUAUAUUAUCAUCUUGAAUAUUACUAAAACUUUCCAUAUUCAUUGAUAACUUUCAGAGAAGCUACUAACAGUUCAUGUAGUUAGGUGGAAAUGUUUAAAUCAGUCCUGUCUCCUGAUUUAUCAUUCAACUGGAUUCUCAUGCAACCAGAAUACAAUGAACAAUUAUUCUCCCUCUCUUUUGCUAGUAACUUUUUUAUUUAUAUAUAUAAAGCAUGGAAAUGUCCUUUCCUUUCCUAAUUAUGCUGGGCUCCCUCAGUCAUUCGUUGUGAUAGUCCUUUUAGAAUGUUCUAUUGUUGCAGCUCCUCUCUUAAUUCUCUCUAGUCAAUUAUUUUUCUUUGGACCAUCCGUUCAAUUAGCAAGUAGCCAUGGUACUGAAUGUUCAGGCUCUGCUGACAGUUCUUUGAAAGGGUGGGACUGCUGUAGUUGUGCAUGUUUGUUGCCUUUCUUCCUUGACAAUUACAGCCUUUAAAACCAAACACAGCUGUGUUGAUUUUGCAAAUUCAAAUUCUGGGUUUGUGGUUGUUCUUGCAAACCUAAUUUAACUCACCAGCCAGUGAUAGGCAUUAAGUGAUGGUCAUUAGUCACAUGACAGCAUGCUGUUUGGGCCACAGUAUCCAUAUUGUAACGCACAAUGGUCUGAGCUUACAAGAUUCCAUGGAAUGUUCACAGGUAUUCUAAUGUUGUAAAUGGAACCAGCAACAUGGAAUGUUCAUAGACAGUCUGCGAUAGUGACUAUAUUGAGAGGUCAGUUUCUCUAGGGGUGACAACUUCAUACUGACUCUGCGAAAGGUUAUACGUGGUGGGCAUCGUAGGCAGGCCAGAUUAGAUGAGAUUCUAGUAGGUAAGGAAGUUAAGCAACAGAGAACCCAGAAUCAGUUCAACCAAAUCAAUGGAACAGAUUCAGCAGCAGUCUGAGACAAAGCAAUGUGUGGGAAGAGCAGGUAGAGAACAACUUCAGUAACACUAGACAAAUUCAUGAAAGAUCAAUAGAUCAAUGGCUUUUAAGGAAUUUUGCCACAUUUUUGUCUGAAUAUUCUGUGUCUGGCAUAAAAUGAUGUCUGGUAUUUUGUCUUAGCAUGUGAUAUUUGCCUUCACUAUUGGAUAUUUGGUUUUAUUUGAAGGAGAGGCUGGUAGCUCAGUGGUAAAGUAGAUGCUGUAGAACAGCCUUACCACAGUUUGGUGGCCUCCCAAUUUUUUUCAACUUAAACACACUACUUAAACGCUUGUCAUGCUAGCUGAGGCUGAUAGGAGCAAAGUCUAGAACAUCUAGCAGGUACCAUGCUGGAGAAGGCUGCUUUAAAAGGUGUCUAGUUAAAUCCCAGACUUCUCCAGGUAAACUGGGAAAGACUGCUACAUGAAAACUCAGGAGAGCCACUGCCAGUCUGUGUAGAGAAUUCUGAUCUAGAUGGGUCAAUAGUCUGAUUAGGUAUAAGGAAGCUUUUCAUGUUUUUGAUCUUGGUAGUGUGCCCCUAUCUGGUCAGGGUCAGCCUAACUGUUGUUAUUUAUGCUCUAGUGACCUCUAGGUUAGAUUACUGCAACCUGUUAUACAUGGGGCUGCCUCUGAGUACAGUUCAGAAACUUCAGCUGGUGCAGAAUUCAGUGGCCAGGUUGCUCACCAGGAAAGACUAUUUGAACACAUAAUGCCAAUCCUGGCCCAGUUGCACUGACUGCCAGUUUCUGGGCCCAAUUCAAUGUGGUGGUUUUGACCUCUCAAUCCUUAAAUGGCUCAGGACCACAGUACCUCAAGGACUGCCUUCCCCCAUAAGAACCAAGCACCCUGUGAUCAUCAUCUGAGGCCCUUCUUCAUGUGCCUCCUCUACAAGAGGUUCAGAGGACAGCAACACAAGAACUGGCCUUUUCUGCAGUUUCCCCAUUUGUGGAAUGCUCUCCUCAGGGAUGCUCACCUGGUACAUUUGUUAAAUACUUUUAGGCACCAGGCAAAAACAUUAAUCUUCUCCCAGACCUUUGGCUAAUUGAACAAUCUGUUGUUGUUUAGUCGUGCCUGAUUCUUUGUGACCCCAUGGACCAGAGCACGCCAGGCACUCCUAAUUGAACAAUCUAUGGUGUUUUAAACUGUGGGGGUUAUGGUUUUGUUUGUUACUAUGUUGGUAUACAUUUUUGUGUUUUUAUAUUGUAAACUACCCUGUGAUCCUUGAAUAAAGGGUGGUAUAGAAAUCAUCAUCAUCACUCAACAGCACUGAAAUAAAUUCUUCAUUUAAAGCAUUAUUAUUAUUAUUAUUUGCUUAUACACCACCCAUCUGGCUGGGCCUACUCAGCCACUCUGGGCAGCUCCCAACAGAAUAUUAAAAACACAAUAAAACAUCAAACAAUAUACAGUGGUACGUCUGGUUACGAACGCUUCGGGUUAUGAACGCUUUGGGUUACGAAUUCCACUAACCUGGAAGUAGCUGCUCCUGGUUGCAAACUUUGCCCCAGGAUGCGAACGGAAAGUGCACGCACAGUGGGAGGCCCCAUUAGCGAAAGCGCACCUCAGGAUAAGAACAGUUUCAGCUUAAGAAUGGACCUUCGGAACAAAUUAAGUUCAUAACCAGAAGUACCACUGUAUCUGACAUACAAAAAUGUUUUGUAUGUUUGGCAGCUAAUAUGCAAUAGUGGUCAGUGUUAGUACUUGAGAGUUAAUCAGCAAUUAUCAGUGCUGGUUUUUGUACUGCUUUAUUCAUUAGUUUGACUAUUCAGGUAACAUCAAGAGUUGACACAAAACCAUCAAAUGCUAAGAUCAAAUCUGAAACGUCUACAAGUUUUGAUUUUUCAAAAAUCAAAAUUGUUUCAGCUGCAGCUGACUGUAUUGGUGCCCUCUUUCACAUUUGGCCUUUGAGAGUGAUUGACACACUCAAAGACCCGUGUACAGUAUUCAUUCUUCAGCAAAAUGUAGUUGGGUGACAUGGAGAUCAAAUAACUGCUACUGAAACAACUUUCUAAAAUGAACUAUAUCCUGUUACCAUUCUUUGAUGAGAGAACUGUGGAAAUCCACACCCGCUAUAGAAGGUCGUGUUCAGGAUAUCCAAAACUGCACCUCUCAACAGAAUUUCAGCAGGUCCUAUUGGAUUUUAAUGGUGCUAUGCUGUGCAUGAAAUUUUUAAAAUGUAGUUCAAAGUACUUCCAAGUUUGUGUUUGUGUUUUGCCUAUAGAAAUAUGUGAGGAAAGGAUUCGGGUUGGGGGGAGAGUAAUCUGCAGCUUUCAUUCACUUUGGUCUUAUGAGGGUGUUCUUAAUCUAUAUGUAUGUGUCCCUGCAGGAGGCCCAAACUUAGCAAUGUUCCAAGUUAAUAGACUGUCACAGGAGUAAAUCAGUCUCUAGGUGGGUUUAAGAAGGCUCAAAGUAUGAGGGCAGCAGUAGGGCCAUGUUAAAUCCUUGGCUGUUCCUUGGUUGAUGCUGCUGCUGCCUUGCUUGUGACUUGAUUUUAAUACUUUGGACAAUGUUUAGCAUCUCCCUCUAUACUUAUGCGCUUGGCACUUUUGUUGGGGUGAGAGAAAAAUAUGUCUGAGAGCGGCUAUGAAAUUCAGUGGUUGUUUUGUUCGAAGGCCAUUGACAGGCGCCUGGAAUAGUGCUCACAAUUGCUUUCUUUGUUGCUUGAUGCUCUGAAGGAUUAUUCUGUUCUAAAGAGAAGCAAGAGGUCGCUCUCAAAUACCAAUUUUGACACAAAGACCUGCCGUUUGCUGUUCUUUCUCAGCUUUGUGCUGGGGAAAAAACACACGCAUACACACACAAUUCCUUUUCCCGCCUUACUUUCUCAGUUUAACUGUCGAAUUGUAAUUACUUGGACAUCCAACUAUUUUUUGGUAGCAGUCCAGCUGCCUUUCCUCUCUUCAUCAAGCUCCCAUGGAAUAUGUCCUUCCUUCCUUUCUUCCUUCCUUUCUUUCUUUCUUUCUUCAUUUUGUCAAGCAACACACUGCCAUUUCUUCAUCUCUUUCUCUUACAGUGACUUCUUUGUGCACUCUCUCUCUCUCUCACACACACACACAAAAUCAAUGGCAUAAUUUGGUCAAGAGUAUAUACCUAUAUUGAGGGACGUGGGUGGCGCUGUGGGUUAAACCAAAGAGCCUAGGACUUGCUGAUCAGAAGGUCAGCGGUUUGAAUCCCCGCGAUGGGGUGAGCUCCCGUUGCUCGGUCCCUGCUCCAGCCAACUAGCAGUUCGAAAACAUGUCAAAGUGCAAGUAGAUAAAUAGGUACCACUCUGGCGGGAAGGUAAAUGGCAUUUUUGUGCGCUGCUCUGGUUCGCCAGAAGCGGUUUAGUCAUGCUGGCCACAUGACCCGGAUGCUGUACACCGGCUCCCUCAGCCAAUAAAGCGAGAUGAGCGCCGCAACCCCAGAGUCGGUCACAACUGGACCUAAUGGUCAGGGGUCCCUUUACCUUUAUAUACCUAUAACUGUAUUCCAAAGCUGAGCCUGAGACCCAACCCUGAGAAACGUUUUUAACAACAGAAAGCAAUGGGACUUUCAAACAUGUCCACAAUAUCUUUCUUUCAUUACCAGACAUCCAUCACUUACUCUCUAGACACAUGAGAUUAGAGAGCAGAUCUUUCAGAGCUUUUACUUCCAAGCCCAUUUGAACACUUCUGCCUUUGGAAACUAAGCACUGACAGUGGCUGUAGAGCAAAGCUGAUAUCUUAAUAAUGUCUGUUUCAGUCCUGCCUGUCAGUUGUUUACCAAUGUCCCUCUGACGAUGAACAUAUGAAGCUGCCCUUGAUGGAGCCAGCCCAGCAGUUUUGACCACUUUGAAUGGCAGCAACGCUCCAAGGCUUGGGGCAUAGGGACUUUCUUUGCCCUCUGCCAGGGGUCCCUGUACCACCAAAGGAUAUCUCUGGGACCAGAUACAUGCAAAACAUGCACUCUACCAUUGACCUAUGGUCCCUCCAAUAUAUCAGGCUAUUAUUCCCACUGGGCAAUGGCUUAGCUAAUGUAUGAGAGAAUGAAAAAAUAAUGGGGAAAUGCCCAGCAACUAACUUUCAAAAAGUUAGAAAUAAAGGUAAGAUGGGAAACAUAUAGAAUGCAGGAAUGCACAAAGGCAAAACUACAUUUCGGGGUUGGCAUCUAGAGCCAAAAUUGCAUAUAGUCAAAACACACUGGGUUCAGUGGUGAGUGGGAUUGCCGAAGUCCUUUUUCCCAGACUCCCACUCCCUCCCUCUUUUUCUUUCUUUCUUUCUUUCUUUCUUUCUUUCUUUCUUUCUUUCUUUCUUUCUUUCUUUUUGCUAAGCAUGCAAAGCAGAAUGCACACAAGUUAACUGCACAUAAGUCGUGGGGUUGCUUUUUUAAAAAACAAAACAAAAACUCUAGCGCUUAUAUAUAGCCUUCUCAUAUAAAUGUUCAACGUGUUUUUGACAACUGAAGCAAUGAUCCAUGCCAGGAAUCAAUAUAACCUGUUUCUUCUUUUAGCUAAAAUAAGGUUUCCAUAGUGAGCAAAACAAGGUGUUCAAGCCUUUCUGUGCGUAGUUGGGACCAAAGGAAAACAGCAACUCAUCUGCCGUCAGCCAUUCUUAUCUUAGCCCAGAGGUUAGGCAAUUCUAAGGAAAAGGAAAGAAGAGAACUAAUUUAUAUAGCUCCUGAAUGACAGGCAAACGGAAAGCCAACCCCCGGGAUAGAGGAGUUAUUAUUUGACUCCCCCCCGCCCCCAUCCCUAGUAGCAGGCUCAGGUUUUUUUAGUAGUAACUGAUGAAUCUCCCUAUUUAUGGCCCCUGUUAGUUUUUGUAUGUGUCCUUUCUGUGAAUAGGAUGGGUCUUUGGCUUCAUCCAGCAUGGCUCUUCUUAUGUUAUUGUGCACACAUUGUAUGCUGUAGUCUAAACCACUGAGCCUCUUGGGCUUGCCGAUUAGAAGGUUGGAGGUUCGAAUCCCUAUGAUGGUGUGAGCUCCCAUUGCUCUGUCCCAGCUCCUGCCAACCUAGCAGUUCAAAAGCAUGCUAGUGCAAGUAGAUAAAUAGGUACUGUUGCAGUGGGAAGGUAAACAGUGUUUCAGUGCGCUCUGGUUUCCAUCAUGGUGUUCUGUUGCGCCAGAAGCGGUUUAGUCAUGCUGGCCACAUGACCCGGAAAGCUGUCUGUGGACAAACGCCGGCUCCCUCAGCCUUUGACUGGGCUUAACCAUCCAGGGGUCCUUUACCUUUACCUUUUACCUUUAGUCAUUGUAUACAUUGAUAGGAUAGUGUAGAUUCAGAAACUUCAUGCUUCUUCAUCAGGUGCUAUUGGGAAGGAGAGAUAUAUAGAACAUGAGGAGAAACACAUUGUCAUGGAAUUGUAAAGUGGCAUCUCGUGUCAUAAAUGUAAGCCAAGUGUGCCAAUUCAGGAGGGGAAGCUAUAAAAGCUGGGCAGGCAUACCCAGUGAUGUUUCAAGGUCACUUAUGUGAAAAUUCACAUAUGCUUGCACACUUAAGAGAGCAAAAAUUAUUAAAUUUUGAGAAAUGGUGGCAGAUGAUGACCUGCAUCAGAAGUGGUUAACCAGUUCCAGUGGAAGAACAGUCAAAAGAGAGAGGUAGUAUUGUAAUAACCUGCAGUUUUAUAAUAGUAUAUAUUUAAAGAAGAUGAAUAAAUGAGCAAAUUAAGUUAAUUUGAAUGUGCAGAAAAUAUUAAAAAUAAGUUUAAGGAACCACAGAAAGAUGGGGAAGCAAGUCAAGUUUUGAAACGUUAAAAUGAUUAUAAAAUUAUUUAAAUGUAUACAUUUAAAAAUCAUAAAUAAAAUAUUUUUAAGAGAGGGGGGUACAAUUAGGCUAGUGAAGAGCUAAUCAAGGGGAGACAUGAUAGCAGUGUGCAUUCUGAAAGGCUGUCAUACAGAAACUGGAGCAGACUUUUUCUCUGUUACUCCAGAAGUCAGAAGUAUUAGGUAUGAGUUGCAAGGAGGGAUAUUUUAGCUAGACAUUAGGAGGAACGUCUUAAUGAUAAAAAGCAGUUUGAUGGUGUAGGUGGUGGGCUGUCCUUGGCUGGAGCUACUCUAGCAGAAGCUGGUCAGCCAUCUGCACAAAUGCUGUAGAUGCAUCCUGAUUGAGCAGGCAGAUUAAAUGACCUCUCAAACGUCUCCUAUGUUUGUAGUCCAACCAUAGGAUACAUACAUAUUUAUAUAAAGUGUGACCACUUUAUAUAAGAGAGACCAUUUGGUGGAAUGGUUAGAGUGCUGGACCAAGAACCCUGGGAGACCAGGGUUCAAAUCCCCACUCAGCCAUGAAGCUCGCUGGAAGACCUUGGGCCUGUCUCUUAUUCUCAGCCUAAGCUAACUCACAGGGUUGUUGUGAGAAUGGAAUUGGGAGUAAGAGGGACCAUGUACUCCUCACUGAGCUCCUUGGAAGAAAGGGAAGGGUAUAAAUGUAAUAAAUAAGUGUGAAGAGCAUCUUUGCUGGUUCAAGCUGAAGAUCUAUCUAGCCCAGUGCUCUAACUGUGGUCAGUAAGAUGUCUCUGAGCACUUAAAAGGAGAGCAUGUUUGUGAUAACAACUCCCUGUUUUAUUACCCCCAGUGUCUGGUAUUUAGCAGUAUAAUAACUCUGUACAUGGGGCUUACUUUUGGGUAAGGGGUGGAAAACCUGUGACACUCCAGGUGUGGUUGGAUUCUCACCAGCCCCAGACCACAGGGAUGCUGGGAACUGUAGUUCACCAGCAUCUAGAUUGCUACCAGUUCCCCACCCCCCAGUUUAGCUAUUCCGGCCAAUAGCCAAUGAGAUAUAUCCUACCUGCAUUGUCUAAUCCUUUGUGGGGUUGGGGAAAAUCUAAUGGCCACGGAAAUCAUGGAGGUGAAUUCCGUAAGUUGUGAAUUGUGUGUGAAGAAAAUGUCUUAAUUUAUUAAAUUUAUAUCCCAUCUUUCCUCCCUAAGGAGGGUAGGUCAGCUAAUGCUUCAGAAGAUGCAGGGGAGCCAAUGCUAUUUCUAGGCAGAGAACUAUGAUACAGGCACUGCCUUUUCCCCUUGCCAGCAGAAUAGAAGUGAUAAACAUCAGCAGCGGAAGUAGUGGAAUAUCACAUUGCAGUUCCUUUUCCAAAAUAGGACCAUAGGAAAAGGGGCACUGGGGAAAUAAUGCUUUAUAGAGGGAGGAGUAUGUCAGAGGGCCCAGCAGUUCUUCCUGUUACAUCUUAGUGACACUCCCUAUUUGCAACUCUCUUCUCAACAAAAUGGCAAUCUCUUUGGUUGGUCCCCAUCCAAAUGAAGGUCACUCAAAGAGCAUGCCAGUAUUAGAUGUUGCCUUCCUUUAAACAAGAGCAGCUAUUGAAUUUGACAAGUUGAAUUUGACAGACAGUAAAAUAUAGGCACUGUAAAAGACAUUAACAUGCUCCCUGACAGGCUGACAACCUAAUGAGUUGUUUAUUGUGUCCCUGGAGCAAUUAAAGGAAUAGUAAAUGAGGCUGUUUCUCCAAGCAACUGGGAAAUCUGCAGAUAGAAAAAAAAAACCAUCUUGUGGAGAACACAUACACAUCAGAUAAUUACCCAUUUUUUAAAAAAGCACACAGGAAAGCAUAAAGUUUGAAGCAUACAUUUGUAGUAUAAAGAUAACACCACUCUUUGUUAGAGCCAUAGUUAAUUGCUCCCAAUAUUGUUGCCCCCUUCAUGAGCUAUGAAUCCGAGGUCAUUCAAAAUAAAUAAAUCAGUGAUGCACACAACAAAAUUCAUUCCACCUUUUGCCGUAUUAAAGACUGCUUCCUUAAAGGUUCCGUAACAUUUUUUUAAAGCAACAACUUUAUAUUCCUGCCACCUGAGAUUCAACAGCAGAGGCAGCAACACAGCCCUGUUCUUGGCUAGCUAACCACCAUUUCCUCGACCCCCAAAUGAUGCCAAUUCUGUCUUUUUCCAGUGCAUUUUCUUUUGUGUGAAGAGAACAUGGCUGCCACCAUAUCUCUGUGGUGGCUGCUAUAUUUUUACCCCCAAAUAUACCCUAGAAUGACCCUGCAUUCAAGUCAUUUGUGAGUCAAAAUGCUUAGAGCAGACUUGUAUUGUGACCUGUAUGCCAUGCCAUGUGGCAGCAAUAUCAUUUUAAAAAGCAAAUAAUUAAAUAUGUUUGAAGAAACUACCACAGCCAUUAGGGCUGGCCCACCCAUGAGACAAGGUGAGGUGACUGCCUCAGGCAGCAGGAUCCACAGGGACUGCAUAUCCCAGUGUCCAUAUUUCUCCGCUGCUUCCCUCACCCCUUCUUUCCUGGUGUGGAGGGAGGUGUCAUUUGGAUUCUGUCUCAGGUGCCAAAUUGUUUUGGGUGGUAAACGCCCUACUGCAUUAGGAUGCUGCAACUAAGCGUGUUUGCACAGAGAUGUGUUCCCUCCAAAUACCUGUGUGUGUGUGUGUGUGUGUGUGUGUGCAUAUGUGUGUCUUUUAUGUGUGUCUUUUACCAUGUUAAAGUCUACAGAUCUGGCAUUUUAUCUUAUCUUUAUGACAGCAAGCAUUGUCGUAAUGCUUGUCCCAGAGUCUGUGAAUGACAUUUCUGUAUUCACUUUAAGCAAGAGGGUAUGCUUGAGGAUAUGUAUUAAUGAAACAGAAUUAUGCUCCUUAAGGUGAAGCAGCUAUUGAUGAGACACAUUUGUAAACUGUGGCCCCAGUUCAAAAAUAUCCUUGCACAGCAGUGGGCUACAUGCCUACAGAAGUGUUUUAAGGGCGGGGGGGAGAAGGGAAGAGAGUGUUGACAUCAAGCUAUGCUUCUGGGUAAAAACAACAACAACAACUCCCAGUGACAAUUGGCCUGGGAGUUCUACCUUGUAUUAUUCUUCAGUUAGGAUCAUAGCUGCAUUGCAGAGGUAGAAGCCUGUUUCAGAUUGAGGGCUAGAUUCCCAUCUGGGGCAACCUUCUAGUGAUCAGUGGCGAGUGCGUCUCCAUGCUGCCUGGGGCUGGUAUGUUUGUGUGCACUCCCGCAUGCGCCAGGGAUGGGGUGAAGCAAGAUGAGGGACAGAGGACAAUCAGAGCUCACCGCGCCCGUCCAGCCCCUGCUGCCACUGGAGCAACACCCCAAGCAUCUUGAUUGUUCUGCCCUCCUCAUGCCACCCUUCCUGGAUCCAAGUCCUCACAAGGCUCACAGGAGGCUGGGAUUGAAGGGAGCAUGGUCACCACAUACCUAUACCGCCCUCCCCAAGUGACCUUGCAAGGCUCGGAUCCGAAGAGGGUGGCACAAGAAGGGUGCAACAACCACAUACCCCUCACCAACAAAGGCAAGGCUGGUAUUGAAGGAUGCAUGGCUGCUGGGUCACCACGCCGCCACCACUCCCAACAGCCUUGCAAUCUGGGGAGGGUGGUGCCACCUGCCUGUGCGGGGGGGGGGGAGCCCAGUCAGUUGACAGCACUGAGGGGGUGCAAAGCAGGUGCCCCCAUGCUGGCACCCCUAGCAUGGCCAAGCCUGGUGCUCCCCUCUGUGAGCAUUGGUUCCUCUGACACCGGGAGAGGAGUGCUGGUCUGCGCCACACUGUGGGUGCCUGCGGGGGGGGGGCUGCUUCACGCCCCCUCAAAAAUCCGCUUCCAGGGCCAUGGCUCCUCUGGCACCUCCCACGCUAUGCCACUGCUGGUGACCACAUGUAGGGAUGAAUUAAUCUGUCAAUUUCGGUUCUCUGAGUUUCUCAUUUGUCCAAUCUUAAAUUUAGUUCUUCAGAUUCCAGCAGAGAUUUGCAAAACAUUUUAAAUUCUUGUGAAAAUUUGGCAGCGUAUGAAAUUUCUCCUAAAAAGCACAUUUUUUUUUGUAUGCUGUAUUGUUCGAACCUUUGGGAGAAAACUUCUCUAAUAUAAUUUCACUAAAAUGUGCACAUUUCACCCCAAUAGAUGCAUUUUUUGUGCAUAUUCUUUGGCUGCUUUGCAAAAUUUGGAGAAGUGUGAGUUUCAAAGGAUUGUUGUGUUUCGGUUCAUGCAUUGGUUUAAGAAGUGCAAAUUAGGCAAUUUCUCAUUAGCAUGCAAACAAAAUUGUAUUUCUCCUCGGUCGCUAGCCACAUGUAUGGGGUGGGUGGAGCUGGAGGCAAAAGCAGGCAAAGCAACAUGUUAAUACACACGGCUACAUGCCUCUUCAUCCAGGUAACCAAGUGGCAUUCUCAAAGACACACCCCAGCCAGGCAGAAACUCAGUGAGGGUGUACACACAUUGUUAUGCAAUGACAGUAUCUAACAGCUGCAAACUAUCCUCAGCUGAGACUGAGUUAGAUUUCUUUUACCUAAAUGCCAUAAUGCAGCCAAGCUGGUGUCCCCCAGAUGUUUUGGACUACAGUAGCCAUCAGUUGUGGUAUCUGGAGCUGAUGGGAGUUGUAGUCCAAAGCAACACUUGGAGGGCCCCAGGUGGGCAAAUACCAUCCUUAUGGGAAAAGACUUGCCAUACAUUGCUACAUAUGGAAGACUCUGGGAGAAUCAUUGUAGCAGUGGGAACAUUUAUAGUGAUAUGGGUCAGGCGUAUAAACUGCUGUGGUGCUUCACUUUCAUUAAAGCUCAUGAAUAAGAUAUUCUGAACGAGGCUAUGGGACCAGUUACACACUGAGUUUUUUCUGUGUUCCCAAACAAUUCACAGCCCUGCAAUUCACAAACCAGAACUUUAGUGCUUCUGAGCUGUAUCAUAGAUUUGCUAUUCAGGGCUAUUCAGAGUUCCUGAGUGACUUCAUAGUUAGGCUAUUAGGCAAUUUUAGCUAUUCAAUAUUCUUGAACUACAUUCGUGGAAUUCAACUAUUAUGAGUCAUUUCUUUGUGUGCAUUAGAACAUCCUGCACUGCCUUGGGAACCCUUAUAUAAAGCAGAGGCAUGGAAUAUUAUCUAGUUGGGUUUAAAGUCUUCUUCACUUUUCUUUUUGUGAGACUUUUCCUGCAGGACUCAGUGUUCGAUUAUUGGACCAAAAAUAGUGAUGGUGGGGUGCUAGAGAUGUUUGGAGGUAUUCGGUAUUUGUGAAUUCAGAUACAAACUGACUUGAUUCACACCCAGCAGACAAAUGUGUAGAUUAGAACACAGCUGCCUUUUGGAUUUGCACUUCUCUUAAUUUUGCAGUUCUCAGCUUAAAAAAACCCAAAAAACCUGCCCCCAAAUGCAUUUUGAAAAUGCAUAUAUUGAGAUAAGAUUUGUCUAGAAAUGGAUGUAUGUUUUGAGAUAAAAUCCAUUUAGAAAUGUGCGUUUUGUGGGAAAAUUCAUUCAAAAAGAUGCAUGUAAAUGUGGGUUUUGAUAUACAUUUGAGGGCAGGUUUUUAAUUUUUUUUUUACAGAUUAAUGCAGAAGUACGUCAGAAACUGGACUUACAAUUGCACAAGUGGCAUGGACUGGAAAUAUUCAGCCCUAGAGGAAAUGUUUAUUUUUUGGAAUCAUAUUUAGUAUUGUUUCCCCUACUUGUUGUUGCUUUGCUGCCUAUUUGAUCAUUGGAUUAUAUAACUACAUUAUGUAACCACAUGGAUUUGGCUUCAUUAUGGCAUCACUGAGUGCAAGUGAUGUCAAUGGUGCCACUUCAGAAAGUAAGUAAGGAAGAAAGUAAAUGUACAGGUGGUCAAUUUUGGAUGAUUCAUUCAGAAUGAUUUUAUUUCUUUAAAUGUUCAUAGUGGGUGAAUAUUUUUUAUAUAUAUUUCUCCUCAUUUCACACAUUAUUCUGUGACUAAAACCCACCUACUGAGAGAGGGAUAUAUAUAUAUAUAUGCGCCACAUUUGAAGCAAGUAACUUGCCAUAGGUUGUGUGAUAUUAAGUUAGUGUUGAAUGUGAUAAGCAGUAACUGCAUCUUGGUCUUAGGUGAAGCGAUUACCAUGGGGGCAUGUAUCCAUAGAAAGUCCACUUUCCUGCCAGCAGCAUGUAUGCAAUAUUACUUUCCAUCAAGUGGGAUUUUUCAACAUACAGUUAGAUAUGACUCAAAGGGGUCAGGGAAAUUCCAAAUGAGAAAUAGUUUUUUUGUUAAUCCCAAGUACCCCAAAGUCUUCAACUGCAUUACAAUUAGUUCCUUGGGAUCGAUAGGAAUCUCAUAUUUUGUCUGGAAUCAGGACACCCUGGUUUUUAAUUUUGUUUACUGAGUUAUAAUUUAUCUUGAGAUUGACAUUCAUGCUGCAUGCUCUGUGCUCCAAACUGAUAUGAAAAGCAAUAUUAACUGAGUAGUUGUUUAAAAGGGGCAGUUGCCUGGAAACUGUGUGUGCAUGAGAGUGUGUGUGUGUAUGAGAGAGAUUUGGAUACAAUGCUAAACUCUGGUUUCAUGGUAACUGAAGGAGUCUGCAUGAACCUUGUGCUCCCAAGCUCCUCUCUCGAGACUCUUCCUCUAGUGUAGCCAUGAGGAAGAUUUCAUUUGCUCCCACAUUUGAACUAACCAGAGUUCCCCAUUACAUUAAAAAUACACACAUGUAAGGACAUGAGAAGAGCCUUUGCUGGAUCACCCCAAGGCCUAUCUAGUCCAACAUACAGCGGCCAAGCAGUUGCCUAUCAGAAACCUUCAAGAAGGAACUGAGCACUACAGUACUCUUCCUACUUAUGUAUUCCAGCAACUGAUGUUCAGAGACAUACUGCAGUCAUUAGGAGACAUUGAUAGCAUUAUUCCCAAAGCAGCCAAGCCAUGGUCCAUCAACAGAGAAAGUUGAGCAGACGCAUAGAAUCUCUGCCUUGCUUCCCUUUUAUCCUUCCCACUCUUGAUUGCUGCACCUGACAUUUGCUCCACUUGAGCAGCUGUGCCUCUCAACUAGAUUAAGCAAAUGAUCCCUGAGCCUAAUCUAGCUGCAUGACCAUAGCUUUCUCCCAGACCUAAUGAGCCCCAUGAUCUCCACCUGGUCCACUAGUAAGCUGGGCUGUGUUCUCUUGCCUGCCUCAGUCUCCUGGAGUGCACUUUCUGCUGUUCCCAACUCCUCAAGAGCCUGCUGUGUCUGGUUCUGUUGUUGUGUCCAUCUCCCCUGGCUUCCCUGAACUGCUGGCUGCCUCACGACGUCCUCUGGUGACUCGUGAGUAUCUCUCAAGUUCCCAAACUCUCCUUCCCCAUCUUCAGCUUGUGCCAGUGUGUACUAAUCAUGCCUACAUCCAUCACCAGGAUCCUCUUCCCCUUCCGUGGUGAUGCCUAAAUCUAAUAACAUCUAGAGGCCACAGGUUUCCCUCUCUUGGUUUAAACUAAACAUGAUUCCCCAAGUCCAGACAUAACUGCUAGCUAUUUUUAACUAGAAACUAGAAACCAAUGCUUCUAGUCACUUCCUCACAGCUGCUCUAGUGAAGGGGAGGGGAAGAGUUGGGAGCCUGAGCUCAUGCGAUUCAUUCACAUAAUGCUAAACCAUAGGUGAAGGUAAAGGGGCCCCUGACUGUUAGGUCCGGUUGCGGACGACUCUGGGGUUGUGGUGCUCAUCUCACUUUAUUGGCUGAGGGAGCCGGCAUACAGCUUCCAGGUCAUGUGGCCAGCAUGACUAAGCCGCUUCUGGCGAACCAGAGCAACGCACAUAAACGCUGUUUACCUUCCCGCCAGAGCGGUACUUAUUUAUCUACUUGCACUUUGAUGUGCUUUCGAACUGCUAGGUUGGCAGGAGCAGGGACCGAGUAAUGGGAGCUCACCCCAUCAUGGGGAUUUGAACCGCCAACCUUCUGAUUGGCAAGCCCUAGGCUUUGUGGUUUAACCCACAGCGCCACCCGCGUCCCUUAACCAUAGCUUAGUCCUACAUCCAACCCAGCCCAGAGAGUGGAAGUGAGCAAGUGAGUGAGGCAUUAGCAACUUUCAAGUUUUUUUUCCAGAUUGUCAUAAAAUAUAAGAUUCUUUAUUGCUGGGAAACCAGAAGAUGUAGUUCUAUGAUAAUUUUGGGGUGGGAGUUCCUUUAUGCCAUCAGCUUCUAUCAAACAGUAAUUGUAACUGUGAUGAUAUGAUUCAGUUGUGUGAAAUGUCUACCCUGGAUCAGCCAUCAUGGAUCUAAUAAUAAUAAUAAAAUUUAUUAUUUAUACCCCGCCCAUCUGGCUGGGUUUCCCCAGGCACUCUCGGCGGCUCCCAACAGAAUAUUAAAUACACGAUAAAACAUCAAACAUUAAAAACUUCCCUAAACAGGGCUGCCUUCAGAUGUCUUCUGCAAGUCAGAUUCUUAUUUAUUUCCUUGAUAUCUGGAGGGAGGGCGUUCCACAGGGUGGGCGCCACUACCAAGAAGGCCCUCUGCCUGGUUCCCUGUAACCUCACUUCUCACACCCAUCAGAGUAGGCAGGUUUCUCAGAAUGCUUAACCCUUGACUUGUUGAGUGGAUUCUGUGAAGUAGCACUGUGAAAACAAGAGUGCAAUUUUACACAUGCCGGCUUAGAAGUAUGUUCCAUUGAGUUCAAUCACAUACUCCCAGGUAGGAUUGCAGCCUAUAGCGUUUUAAAUAUGAGGUUUUGUUUUUUAAAAAAUACAUUUCUAGAUUCUAUGGCUCGGCACAUAAAACAGAAAGCAAAGCAGCAAUGUGGCUUCUACAAUCCUGGUUAUGAAAGCUGUAAACAAAUAAGGAAAACGAGUGCUGUUGUAAACAAAUACCGCUUGUGUGCUUCCCAUAGGUAUCUGGUUGGCUGCAGUGGGAAUAGGAUGCUGGACUAGAUGGGUCACUGGCCUGGUCCAAGAGGCAUUUAUUAGGCUCUGGUUUUUAAAUAGCCAGUGUGCAUUAAGUAGAUACACAGGGAGGCCAUUUUAAACUGGAAACAUAGGAAGUUACCUUGUCAGACUUCUUGUCUAUCUGCCCAAGUUAUGCCUAAUCUGGUCGUGGCUCUCCAAAGUCACAGGCAGAGGUCUUUUGCAUCACAUGAGCCUCUUUCGGUGGAGGUGCCCAGGACUGUAUCUGGGAUCUUCUUCACACAAAGCAUUGCCACUCACCACCCCACACUUAAGUGGAGCAACUUCCCUCCCUCCCAAAAAAGCAGACCCCACCACUCCAAAGAAAGGAAUAAAGAAUAUCAACAAGUUUAUAACCUUGCAACUUGGGGGUGGGAAUUCCACCCCCCCAAUAUAAGAGAAAAUGAAAGAGACGUGUUUUGCAUACAUCCUUCUUUUUUAGUGGUGCAGCAAUAAAACUGCUAGGACAUUUGCAAAGCUAAGCAGGGUCUGGUUUCAUAUUGGAUGGGGCACUACAUUCCUGCAUUGCACAGGGUUGGACUAGAUGACCCUCGGGGUUCCUUCACAAUAACUUUUUAGGGUAGGGUGCUUUUAUUCCUAGUUUAGAGUGUUUGUGUAUUAGAUCGUGUGAUAGUAUUUUUUAAAAAUGAACUGUUGUUCUUAGCUGCCAUUCCCAUUGGAAGAGAUUUGCACAACAGUUUGCUUUGCUGCCCAUUAAAAAAUGGGAUGCAUCCCUUGGAAAACUAGGUUAUUUUUUGGUCCACAGCAGAGUCUGCUGCCCCAUGUUGAAUUAAGCCACACAGAUUCAAGGAGCAUGGGGGCUGCGAAGAUGGGACACACAGCCACUGUGUAAAUGUCUCCUUACUGCCAAAAUAUAAAUGUCUGAUUCAAUAUGUAGAAAAUGCAUGCUAUCACAAGUCUUUGUAGUGUACACAUAAAAAAAGAGAGAGCAACAUUUGAAGUGGCUUGGCUGUUUUUCGUUUCAAGUGUGUGAAGUAGGAAUUGAGAUGGUUAAAGGCAGGGAUCUUGAUGUCAACAUUUUGUUGAUGCUUUAAAUGUUAUGAAGGCGCACAGUACGGGUCUGAAACAUGUGUUGACUAAAACAUGUAUUAAAACGAAUAGGAUAUGAAUUUUGCUGAGAUCUUCUGAAUCAUCAUUGCAUUGUAUACUGCUAGCCGCCAGAGGGCACCAGAGUAUCAGUAGUGUUGCACCGAAGUCCUAUUUCCUGCUGAGAGUAAGUCAAGAGGGGAUUUAAUUCACUGAAAUAUACAUUCUGUUUUAUAACAUUGCUUCGGUUAUUCCACUGCAGGAGAGUUAUCACCACGGUGGUGCACCAGAGGAUAUUUCUCUCACUUACUGUCUGCCGCUCCUAUGAGCUCAGUGGCAAGGACAUAUUUCCUGUUAAACCCUGUAAGGCCAUAAGGGCUGGAACAUGGUGAUUCUAGAGCUGUGGUGAAAUUGUGACAGACAAGUUAAUUUCUUUGAAAAAGCUAAAGAGAACUCUUUGAGUUUUUCAGUCUAAAGCUGCACCAAUACUUUUGGGUAACUGCCAGCAGUCCAGUGACCUGGCAGGGUCCAACUGCAUGGAAACUGGCCUUGGUCCCCUCAUAUUGAGCAGGUGGGUCUAGGAGCUGCCAUUUUCUUUUGUCAUGAGGCUCUGGGAAAUUUAGAUGGUGGCUCCCAUCUGGUGCUUGCUUAGAGAGUGCUGCCCCAGAAGCCCCUGGGCAAAUGUUAUAAACAGAUUAGCUAAAAGCAGUGUGUGUUUAGGGACACCCAAUUUCCAUUGACCUUGGUGCAAUUUAUUGUUUGGAUAAAAUCUUCUUCUCCUCCUGUUCCUCCUCCUCCUCCUCCUUCUCCUCCUCCUCCAAAUCAUAGAAUUGUAGAGUUGGAAAGCAACCCUGAGGAUCAUCUUUUCCAGGGUUGCACAACCUGCGGCCCUCCAGAUGUUGUUGGACUACACCUCCGAUCAUCCCUGAUCACUGGCUAUACUGGCUGGGGCUGAUGGGAGUUGUAGUCCAGAAAAUCUGGAGGGCCGCAGGUUGUGCACCCCUGAUCUAGUCCAACCUCCUGCAAUGCAGGAAUAUGCAACUGUGUGGGGAUCAAACCUGUAACCUGCUUCUGUUUCUGCUUCGGGCAUUGAAUCCCACAAAAUUGCUUGUGCAUGCUGUCUUUUUUAAUAAUCUUAAAGGAAUAGUCUAGAGAUCCUGUUAUGUGGUUGUAUGUAUAUGUAUGACAUGCUCUAACACAUGCACAUUUACAGGAUUUUGAGUAGGCAAACAAUAUAAAGCAAGGUCACAGCUUUUGUCAGAGGGCAAGUGUAGGCAGGACUGGAGCCUGACUAUGGUGUUCAGCAACAUAGCUGGUCCCAUUCAGCAUCCUCCAGGAACAUCAGUGACACACUAAGAGCCCCUGCAGACUGGAUUUUUCUGCAACAGGUAGUUGAUGCAAUAAUAGUGCAUUAGUGAGAGCCAGUGUGGUGUAGUGGUUAAGAGCGGUGGAUUUGUAAUCUGGGGAACCGGGUUCGCGUCUCCGCUCCUCCACAUGCAGCUGCUGGGUGACCUUGGGCCAGUCACACUUCUCUGAAGUCUCUCAGCCCCACUCACCUCACAGAGUGUUUGUUGUGGGGGAGGAAGGGAAAGGAGAAUGUUGGCCACUUUGAGACUCCUUAAAGGGAGUGAAAGGCGGGAUAUCAAAUCCAAACUCCUCUUCUUCUAGUGAUGGUUUUAUGAUGGACCAUCCACAACUUAAUUCUGCUUUGUAAGUUGUUCUGGGAUGCUUCCCCAAUGUUACAGCAAUAUUGCCACCGGGAGGGUCACUCUUGCUCUGCAGCAUAACACAAGUGAGACAAAAAGCAAUCCAGGACAUUUGCGAUGUACAAAGUUACAAGUUUUGAGCAGAGAGCUAGGGCACGUGCACUGAUUGGAAACAAAGCAGCAUGUCCCCCUUGAAACUUGGGCAGCCUCAAAUAUUAUUCAAAAGUAGGAUUGUGGAUAGCCUCCCCAAUAACAUCACGAGCUCGAAUAAUCAUGAAUGCAAAAUAAAAGGGAUGUCUGAAUGGACCCUAUCACUGCAGUGCUAUGCAUGUCUACUCUGGAGUAAGUCCAAUGGGGCUCACUUCCAGGCGAGCGAGUAUAGUAUUGUAGCCUGAGGCUGACAUUGCAACAUGUUUAAGCAUGUCCAUCUUUCUUCAGAAUGGGUAGUAGGGCUUGAUUACCCAGCAACAGACAGACAUUAUUAUUGUUUGUUAGACUGCAUUUUAUUAAAUAUUCCAGCUCAUUCAGGAUUCUCUAGCCCUCCUUUCAGAAGCACUACAAGCAUGCCUCAGAGGUUAAUGACAGGAAAUUAUUGUCAUUACAUUGGCCCUUCAGAGACACCACUGCAUUAUGUUCAGCGUAUGAAAAAAUGUGCUAAGGUGAUUGCAGAAAGAUGGGUGGUUCUUUGUUUUUUUAUUAGUCGUAGAGUUGGUCAGGGAGGGGGAAUUGUCAUAGUUUAUAGAGACUUCAUCUCUCUUUCCAGGCUCUCUAUCUAGAUGUGUAAGGGUCCAGAGUGUCCAUUCCUGGCAUUGGGUAAUUGGUACAGAUUGGGGAUUCUGCUAGUUUACCGCCUGACUUGCUGCCCAGCUGUCUCCCUGCUUGAGCUGACACAGCUGGUUUCAGUGGUGGUGUUGAGGACUUCCAGACUGCUGGUGUUGGCGGACUUCAACAUCCAUGUUGAAAUGGUUAGCUCUGGGGUGGCUCAGGACUUCAUGAGGACCCUGGGGUUUUCCCAACAUGCCAUUGACCCAAUUUACGUGGCAGGUCACACCUUGUUUUCUCAGCUGGGCAGAAGGUGACCUGAAAGUGGAGGAUACUGACAAGUCCUUUGUCAGGGUCAAAUCACUUCCUGGUGAAAUUUAAGGUUUCAGCACCUUUCUCCCUCUGCAGAAGCAGAGGACCUAUGAGGAUGAUCCCGCCCUUAGAGGCGCUGAUGGAUCUAAUUGUUUUGCAAACAGCCCUUGGGGAUUUCCCGGCGGAUAUGACAUGCUCUGGUAACCUCUAGGUUAGAUUACUGCAAUGGGGCUGCCCUUGAAGAUGGUUUGGAAACUUUAGCUGAUGCAGCAAAGUUGCCCACUAGGGCAGGGUGAUUUGAGCAUAUUAAACUGAUCUUUGCCUGACUGUACUGACUACCACUUAGUUUCCAGGCCCAAUUCAACAUGCUGGUUUUGACCACCUCUCCCCAUAUGAUCUGAACCCUGCAAUCAUCAUCUAUGUGCCCCCUCCAUGAGAAGUCCAGAAGGUGGCAACAUGGGAACAGGGCUUUUCUGCCACCCAUAAUUUGAGAGCUAUCCCCAGGGAGGCUUGCCUGGUGCCUUCAUUACAUACCUUUAGGUGCCAGACAAAAACGUUUCUCUAUAACUAGGGCUUUGGCUGAUUAAACAUUCUAUGGCUUUUAAAAUAUUUUUUUGUGGGAGGGAGGUUAUUGAGGUGUUUUUGUGUGUUUUUUUAGUAUUUUAUAUUCUAAUUUUGUAUUUUGAUGUUGUGAUGUGAUCUUCGGAUAAAGGGCAGUAUACAAAUAAUAAUAAUAAUAAUAAUAAUAAUAAUAAUAAUAAUAAAAAAUAAUGGUGGGUGAAAGAAGCAACAUGCAAAGAGAAUACAAAGGAACAAACACCAGGCCCACUGCUUCCUUCAAUAACAACAAUAAAAUAUUGAAGCAGGAACCAUAACUGCACCCCAAAAGGCACAGAGGCCACUUUGCUGGAUUUUCUCGAGGUGAUAAUAAACAGUCAAUAAAGUCUGUUUCCCAAAAAAUUGGGCAGGACAAUUAUUUUUUAGAGGUUUGGUUAUAAUAAAUUUAAUAACCACUGUCUUAGGAAAUUAUACAAAUUCACAGCUCAACUUACAGAUCGAUCCAGUGCAGCAGGAGUUGCUAAUAUGCUACCCUGGAUGCUAGACUCCAGGCUGCAGCCAGAAAGGCCAGUGGCCAGGCAAUUUUAGUCGAACAACUGGAGGGGACUGCAUUGGCCACUCCUGCAGUACUAGAUUGGAGUCAUCUUCUGUGAUUGUCUAGGUCCCGAUCUCUCCCAAAUGUUACCCGGACUGCGCUUGAAAGGGCUGUGGAAAACCGUACAUUUAAGCAAAGGUAGUCCUUAACCAACAAGCAAUUUUAUAACUUGAUUCCGUAGACCACAACAGUCAAUAGGUGGUAUUGAACUAAGUUUUAUUCAGAAUAGACCCACUGAAAUUUUCUGGCCUAACUUAGUCAUGUUCAUUAAUUUCUCCUCUCAGUAGUGGUUAGUUGAAUGACACCCCAUGAAUUUAGCAUGCUAUUAUUUUCCCCUAUUUAUUUUUUUUCCUGCCUCUUGGGAUUUUCUAAUGACAAAGGCCAUAAAUGUUGCCUUUAGCACCUUCAGGCAUUCAGAGAAGGCUUUUUACGUGCACAUUUCCCAAAAUAAAUGUUGAUCUAAAUAUAAUAGUGCAUUGGGGAGCGUUCAUUACCACAGCUGGCUUGUCAGCAGAAUCUGAGACCCCACGAAGGAUGUAUAAACACUAAUAUUUAUAUGCUCUUUAUUGCUUUAAGUGCUGAGUGAAUUAAUUCUCACUGUGCUCCUGUGAGCAGUAGAAAGGAAAGGCACCACCUCAUUCGUGGCCAAAGGUGCAGCAGCUGCUCAAUUGUGCAUGGCGGCAAUAUGUGAUGGGACAUAGGAGAUUUAUUUGCAUAGUUUCCAGUGAAGAAGGUUUAGGGAAGGAGAGUGCGAUAAACUAAGCUGGAAUGUAUUCCGGAGAGGAGGAGCCACUAUUCAGUGGUAGAGUACCAGCUUUGCAUGCAGAGAAUCCAAAGUUCACUUCACAAUGUCCAGUUAAAAGAACUCAAGUAAAAGACCUCUGCCUGAAUGUCUGGAGAGCCAUUUUUAGUAGGCAGUACUGGCUUGAUGGGCCAAUGGACUGGUUCAACAUAAGGCAGCUUCAUAUAUUUAUAUUAGGUUAUAAGGCCAUGAUAAGGGUUUUCAUCCCUUGAUUGCAGUCAUUUGUAGGACCACAGAUAGAUGUUUUAUACCAGGGUCAGACUGUCCUUUUAGCUUUCUCUUAGCUAUGCUAGCACCAGCUCCUCAGAGUCUCUUGCAUGACCUGUUUCCUGAGCUUUUAUUUUGUUUCUUAUUCCCAUUAUGGAACUCAAGGUGGCACACAUAUGGGAUGGGAUUCUCUUGACAAGUCCCAUCAGCACAUGUCCUGCAUUAAGGCACCUGCUUGCACAAUGGGCUUUCCGUCUUCUCCUCCCCUGCCCCCCUUCCAGGAGAACCCCCAGAACAGCUCAUAGUGGGUGGAGAGGGGGGUUUGUUCCAUCUGGCAGUCUGCAAUGUUUGUGCUGCUGGGACGUUUGCCAUAGCACAGCAUUGCAUUCCACCCAUGGUCCUCCAUCCCGAUAUUGACUAGACCUAGUCUUGCUUGGCUUCAGCAAGUUCCUGGCCUCAUAUGCAUUCAGCAGCUAACAUACAAAGUCAUAGGACCCACUUAGUGAAUAUAUUAUGUGGUCAAGUCACUGUAUGGUAGCAAGCAAGUUUCACGGUAUACAAAUCACUGAAAUUAUCCAGACAAUACAAGUAGACAACAAAACCAUUCUCCAGUCAAUAUAGGGAGAUAUCUCCAGGAUUAAAACUUAGUUCAACAAAUGGAGGAUAGGUAUGAAUGGCAGCUAAAGGCCCCUUAUCUCAUCAGUCUUAUUGUUGGUUCCCCCCACCCCAUUUCAGAGGAGUAUUGUUACUACGAACCCUGAAAAUGUAUUAAAAUGAUAUGAUAUGAAAUGAUUAAUAUUGGACCCCCUACACAAUAUAGUUGAAAUACCAUUGAAUUCCAUUGGAUGGUCUCAUAAAUCUGACAGCAAACGUAGGAUUUUCCAGUGGAACUCAACAGUGUCAUGCAGGUGCACUUCCACUCAUAUGAUGAGAUUCCCCCUUCCUCUUCACCCUGCUGCAGCCCUCCUCCCACACACACUUUGUGUACCAUUAGGAGCAUAGGAAGCAGCCUUACACAGAGUCAUACCAUUGGUCCAUCAAGCUCAAUAUUAUCUACACUAACUUUCAAAGGCUUGCUAGGAUUUCAGAUGGGAUUUUCUCCUAGCCCUACCUGGAGAUGCCAGGGAUUGCCCCAAAGAACUUCUGUGUGCAAGGCUGGUGCUUUACAACUGAACUACAGCCCUUCCUUGAGCUACAACCAAUCACUGGUGGUUGCUAGCUAUUCUCUUGGGUGCAGUUGCACUUUUCCCAAUGGUCAUGGCCUCAAAAAUGACAGCUCUCUAUAUUCACAAACAUGUUCCAAAAGGCUUCUUGAGAUCUUUCCUAGUCUGUAUUGGAAAUGUUUUAAAACUUGUUUUUAUUGCUUUAUCACUUGUUGUUGGGCAUCCAUGACUCUUUGGGGAGGAUGGGCAGGAUAUAAAUUUAAACAAAUGAAUGUUGCACUUAUCCAAAUGCAAGUAAACAGUUACCUUUUAGAAGAGAGCAUCUUACUUAAAGCUGUUCCUGUUUGUUUUGCUCUUCCAAUAUUUUUCUUUCGCGGAGAGUAUAAUUUUACAAUGUUUUAUAUUUAGGGUGUGUGGAAGCCUGAGAAUCCAGUUCCUCUCCCAGAAGUGUUAGUAUAAAGAGCUGGUUUCUUUGGUGGCAUUCACCAAACUGUUCAGUGCCAAUACAAGCCCUUGAGAACCUGGUCUUGAUAGACUUAAAGGUGUGAAAGCAAUGGUUUGAUCUUAACUGUAGUAAGGAUGGGGGCAGACAGCAGCUCUAAAUGCUUAAUUUACACCAAAGCUGCUGACUCAUCCACAGAAACACAUGCACAAUGAGCUUUCAGACUAUUGAGGCAUUAAAAGUGGUCUUUAUCAACUGGUGCCUAAUUAAGUUUGAAUGUCUUUCCUAGUUGUUUCCUUCUUCAUUUCUGCUUGGGUUAGGAUGGGAGAGAUGUUAGGUGUGAUGCACUUGAUACUAAUUGGUUCAAGCCACCACAUGUUUAGAUAGGAAAUGAACAUCCAGAUCAUUUGCCAUUCCACUCUCAUGGCUCACAUUUGCUUUGGCAGAAGUAUCUGUCGAUUCUGCUUAUUCUAGCUGAUGGGAAGGAAAAUGAAUUUGGUUUUCCCAGAGAAAUCUACACUUUGUUUCAUAGGAAGAAUGGAAUUGGCAUCCAGUGAAUGGGGCUUCUGAGCUGAUGGGGGGUUUGAUGAGGAUUACUGCAGCCUUGUAAAGGAUUGAAGCUAGGAUCCUAAAUGUUGAUUUUCUAAAAUCCUGAUUUGAAUGGUGCUUCCAUCCCUCUUAAAGGGGUCAUAGACCCUACAUAAAAAGUGCAGAUCCUAGCAUGGCAAACAUUAUCCAUCCAAAUUCUGUACUCGUAUUCCUUAGUCCUGAUUGCUUUUCCUGGUCCUCUGGAUUUCCUCUCUCUAUAGUCCAGGCAUGGCAAACUCGGCCCUCCAGAUAUUUUGAGACUACAAUUCCAAUCAUCCCUGACCACUGGUCCUGUUAGCUAGGAAUGAUAAGAGUUGUAGUCCCAAAACAUCUGGAGGGCCGAGUUUGCCUAUGCCUGCUAUAGUCCUUCUGAGAUUUUCAGGAUACAGUUGCUACUCCGUCAUGAUUCUACUUCUUCUUCACCCAGGGCAUGGAAUUGACUCUGGAAUCCUAUGGAACAGUGUAACUCAGAUGGCUUUGAAAGCAGUUUAGACAAGUUAAUGGUAUUUAUAAGGCAAUCAGUGAAGAGUAACCAUGAUGGCUGUGGUGCACAUCCAGCACUGGGAAUCAAAGUGGGGAGAGUCUUGUUGCACUCGGGUCCUGCUUCUGAGGCUUUUGCAAACUAAAAACAGCUCUUCAGGAGGCCCCCCCUUUGGUGGGCAGAACAACCAAUGUGAUUCUUACCUUUGUACAGUAGGCUGUAUCCCAUCAAAGCAAAAUUCAGGGGUUUACACAUAAACACAUCCCUCCAUCUUCCAUCUAUGUAAGCAAGAGGCAUUAUUGCAUGCAUGGACACAUUCCAGCCAGGCAGAAGUAUUGAAUAAGAACAUAGAGUGUGUCUUGGAUGUGAACAGUAGAAUAAAUUGCUUCAUAUGUUCACUUUUCCAUAGAUUUUUAGAGAGACUGGACACGUAUCUGUCAAGCAACCUUUUAGAGGGUGUCCUGUUUUAUGGAAAGCAUUUGGAUGACUCAGGAAAAAGUCAGGCUGGUCCAGGGGCUGUUCCCUUGCCAGGAGUGGGCGGGGAGAGGCCCUUGGGAAAUCUAUGCUCUCUCUAGCCUGCUGGUCAACAUGCUUCUGCUGUUUGACUUUAAGGGAAUUCUCAAACAGGUGAAUGUGGGAUGUGGCAAUUGUAUGGAUGUGACCAGCUGGCCAUAGGUCAUGAGCCAUUGUGCAGGGAAUUUCCACUGUGGCUACCACAUGCCCAGUAAUUGCCUGAAGAGUGGCAGAGAAGUGAAAAGAAUAGAAGCAUAAUCGUGAAGCUGUGAGGUUUUAACUCAGAAUUUGCCAGCUCUUUCAGGCCUGUGGGCACAUUUCAGUGUGUAGAAACUAUUGCAGGCACAAAUACAUACACAACAGCCAAGCACACACUGCAACCUAUUAUUCAGGCUACAAUAGCAUACUUAUUUCAAUCCUAAUUUCAGCAUGGAGAGGGAAAUCUCAAGUUGCCAUGGAAGGCCUCUAUGGGAGGAGCAUGGGAAAUUGCAUUCAUACCUUGUGUUUUAUCCCAACUCAGGAGCUCUGAGUUCUUUACUCUGGGACAGCAAUUCCUUAUGUCAGCCUAAUUCUGUUGUUUGGCACAGGAAAAUAAUGAAGUUAAAGUUAGGUAAAUGUGAAGGAUUUUAACAUUUCCUGUGUGCUCUUUCUUAUCCUUUAUGAUGGAACAGUUGCUUCCUGUUUGCAUGAACACACUCUCUUGAUGCCAGCCUCUCCUGCCACCCUGCCAACACAUUUGUAAUAAAAUAAUAAAAAAAAUCCAGGUCAUUAUAGCCUGAAACCACUUAUUCACUGAAAUGAAUCUUGCAGCGCAAUGUAUAAAUUUGAAUUUCAAAUGAGUCCACAGAAGUUGCCUUGGGUUACUUUUUUUCCCUUGACAGUCUCUAAACCUACAUCGGUCCCUCGGAAUGUCACUGCAGACUCCACAGAUUUGUCAGCAUCCUCUGCUACCCCUGGGCUGACUAAUGAGGCCAGGGAAUCUGCUCUAAGGGCUCUUGACAGUUAAUACAAAAGCCCCAUGGCAGGGCUUUCAGAGACAGAAGAGUUAAGGAUAGAGGCUGAUCUGGGAGGAGGGAGGCAAGCCUGGGAAUGUUAGUGAGGAAUGCAGUGCCAAGACAUUAGUGGUGGUGGUGAUGGUAGUAUUAAGUGGGUGGCUGAGCAGCUGUCAUUUCACACCAGGCUCUCAGGUGUUUCUGUGACUCAAGUAUGCUUGAGUUGCUGGUACUUUGAAUGGCAUGUCUCAGCGACUAAGAGUGCUUUCUGGCAGCAAGUAGGCAAGAGGGCCAAGGAAUGAUGACGUCACUGAAGUUUGCAGUGAUCCAAUUCAGUAUACAGGUUUGUCAGCUUUCUUAAAGCAUGCUGCUGUUCUGAAGAGGGCACUCUCCUGCAAUAGUUGUUCUCCAGUUAGGUUUUUAAUGUGGUUCUGGGGAACUCCUAUUGGAUGCCCUGGCCUUUGGUCUAUAUGGUGUCCCUCGGGGUUCUGUCCUGUUCCCCAUGGUAGCUAACAUUUAUAUCAAACUGUUGGAAGAGGUUGUCUGGAGUUUUGGGCUUUGGUGCCACCACUAUAUGGAUGACACCAAACUCUGCUUUCCCCCCCUUUCCAUCUAAAUCUGAAGGAGCUGUUUUGGUGCUAAACCAGAGGCUGGUGUCAGUAAUGGACUGGAUGAAAGUGAACAAAUUGAAGCGUAAACCAGACAAGACAGAGGAGGCGCUCCUGGUCAGUAAAAAGGUCAACCAAGGGAUAGGGAUUCAACAUGUGCUGGAUGGAGUUACACUCUCACUGAAGAUUCAGGUUCACAGUAGGGUGUGGAUUCAUCCCUGAGCCUAAAUGCCCAGGUUUCAGCUUUGGCCAGGAAUGUGUUUGCACGUUUAAAACUGGUGUGCCAGCCGAGCCCAUUCCUGGGAUAUCCAAUCUGGACGCAGUGAAACAUCCUAUUUGGAUCACUGCCAAACACUCUGUGUUGGCCUGCCUUUGGAAAGUUCAGAAACUUAAAUGGGUCCAAGAUGUUACAGCCAGAAUGCUAACUAAAGCAGGUUACAUUGAGAACAGAAACCCCCUGCUACAACAGCUUCAUUGGCUACUGGUCCAUUUCAAAGGCUAGUUAUGACCUUCAAAACCCAAUAUGACUUGGGUCCAGGCUAUCUGAAAGGCUGUAUAUUCCUAUAUAAGCCUGCCUGGGCUGCGAGCUGCCUUGGCUCCUGUACCGGCACAAAGUUGGAAAAUGAAUGAGUGAAUGAAUGAAUACAUACAUACAUACAUACAUACAAUCGUCCUUUCUGCCUCCAUUAAACAGGUACAUUUAAAGUCAAAUGAAUGAACUCAGUCUUAACUUAAGCUUCUGGUAGAAUCAUAGAAUCAUAGAGUUGGAAGAGACCACAAGGGCCAUCGAGUCCAACCCCCUGCCAAGAGCAACAAGAUAAUGGGCUUUAAAAAAAGAUUUGUUUAAAAACAGUUUGAAGAGCUAAUAAAAAUAACAAGAGGGAAAACAUCCAGAUAAGCCUAGAUUGCUUCCCUAACCAAGCCAAUUACUUACCAAUUUUCAUUUCUCUGUUUAACUUUCAGGUCUAUUUGCAUCUUUCUCCUGGCUUUUUUAUUCUGUGGUGUGCCAUCUGUGCUCCCAAAUACUACCACUUAUGAAGUAUUCAACUAAUCUUUCUCUAACUACCAGCUUUACCCAGAUACACAUUUUCGCUUCCAGUCACCCCUCCCCCCAGGCCAAAGGCUAGUACAGUGUUCUGUUGCAUUUUCCUCCUCCACCCCCAACUUGUUAAGCUUUCCUUUUUCUCCCUUAAGACCCUUGGCUUCAUUUUCCUUUAGCAACCAGAUCCCUGGGCUGAACCUUGUGGUCAGAACAAUCACUAUAACCAAAACCAAACAUCUUAUCAACAAAGCAGAACACAAAAUGGACAAACAGUUGCAACUUUAAAGGAAUUCUUCCUCCUACAAUCUGGAAGGCUACAACCUGAAUAAAUGAAUUUAUUAUUUCAGUCACAGACCAGUUCCAGCUCACAUAUAAUAUCAAGGAAGUCAUAAAACACGAUAGGGAUACAUUUGAAUUUGCAAUUAGGUAUAACAGGGAUAAUACAGAUAUAGCAACAGUUAAAAAUAUAUAUAAAUUAAAACUUAGUGCUACAACCUGCUAGGAUUUCUGUGAAAUGGUUACUCCCUAUUGAAAAGCCUCAGGGAUGGUGAGUAGACUGCAGCUGCCCAGCCCUGAUGCAAUGAGUCACUUUAUGACUUCAUAAAGAGCUGCCAGUUCUGAUGUCAGAACUUUCAUCAUGUUCAUUUCACAACAUUCCUGAAGCUUCAGUCUGGCUUGGUCCUUACCUGUUAAGGCCAUGCAAAGGGAAAAUUCACUCACUCACUCACUCACUCACUCAUUAAUUCGUUGCUUGUCACCCAACGUUCAGCCAAAAACAAAACAAAACUAAAAAAUACCAUACCUAAUAGCACUGGUGGAAAUAAUAUAAUCAUAGAAUUGUAGAGUUUGAAGGGACCCUGAGGAUCAUCUAGUCCAACCCCCUGCAAUGCAGGAAUAUGCAAUUGUCCCACACAGGGAUUGAACCUGCAACCUUGACAUUAUCAGCACCAUGCUGCAACCAACUGAGCUUUCCAGGCAUCCCUUGGAUUAAUAGUUCAUAUAACAAACAUCCAUGGGGGGAAAACAUACCAAAUGCAUAAUUCUAGCGAACAACAUUAACAGUACUAAAAUAAUAAACAAAGCAAUAAUCUGACCAGCCCAUUAGCAAAUAAACAGAUCCUCAACCUCCUGCUGGUCCAAAAAUUGCUCUAAGAGUUGGCACCAAGCAGCUGUAUGUGUGCAGCUGUCACGGAAAUGACCAUAUCCUGGAGCAGGCAACUUAGCCAUCCUGAAUAAAGGACUCCCCUGGUGCCUGUUUUUCCCUUGAGCACUUUUGUGCUCUUGCCUGAGAACUGCAGCGCCUAACUCAGAAUGUGGGAAGCUAAUGUCUUGAUGAGCUCACAGCAGAGCUAAAGUUAUUAAAAAGCUGAAAGCUCCCUCCUCCUGGAAAUACAUUUCUAAUUUCUCAGAACUCCAUGCUCAGCCUGCUUCCAGUCAAUAUGUUCUCUUUAGAGAAAACAAGGCAGUAUUUUCAGAGCCACGAAUCAAAAGGCCAGAGUCCUCCUUCUCAAAGAGAGGGGUAGGCCCUUUCGUGUUCAGUGCCCUUAGCAGAUUAUCUAUUAUUCUGUGCUUCUUUUUUCCUUUAACUAUAUUAUUAUAGGUGUGUGACUGGUUGCUAUUAAAACAAAAGUUUAGGUUGCGCACAUACCUGGGAGUAAGCCCUAUUGGACUCGGUGCAGCUUAUUUCUGAGUCAACAUGCAUAGAAUCACACUGUUAACGUACUAAAUACUUGCAGAAAACAAACCACAAACUCAUAGUCCCACCCUUACCUAACAUUCCACACUCCCAACCUUCUCUCCUGCCUUUUAGACAGGGAAGAGCCCCAUUCCAUGUAGCAGAGAAUGAGAUCAGAGAAAGUGGGCUUCGCCAGAACUGUCCCUUACUCAAAACACUUAGCAGAAUGUGUGAAGAACCACGCACAUGGAAUCUACAGGGGACUAGUUAAUUCAUUAUACCGUGAUGUGCUCACAAAAUAGCUGCACUUGCUCUACUCCACACAGGGGAAGUUUGUGAUGGCAUGGUGACCCACAAGUUGGAUGUGUGGUAGAAUAACCACAGCCCCCCCCCAUCUACUACACUAAGAGCCCAUCCACACUUCUGUUUGUUCCAUGAUUCCUAGUCAGGAGUCUGAGAGGAUUUAUUUAUUUAUUUUUGCCUUUUGUCCCAAAACUUUCUCCAGGAAACCUGUGGCUGACUGUUGAUUUGGAACAAAUGUCAGUCAGGUUUUCUGCAGAUUGACAUUUCUUCUGAUUCAACAAUAAACUCUGGGUUUCCCAGGGGAAAGCAGUGGGACAAAACAACAACAACAACCUCUCAGACCCCUGACGAGAAAUCAUGGGACGGAUAGAAUUUUGGAUGGGCCAUAAAUUUCAUUCACCAGAUAUGAUUCAGGCAAUGGGAUAGAAGCUUGCUGUUCUUUCCUGCCAAGCUGCGUCAAUAAUUUUCAUUUUCUUCCCAAAUCACUUGAUAGUGAAAGGCUGGUCUUUGGAGUCCAUCAAUCCAUCUCCCUCUCUCCCACCUCUACUGCUUUCCCAAUCUGGGAAAUGGUGUGAAGUUGCCUGAUGUAGCACCAUUUCUGAAGCCCACCACUCAGUAACCUGACACCAUAAUGGACUGAUGUCACAAUCAGUUGGUUGUUGGGGCUUGCAGAAUUUUGCAUUCAGAGCUAAGCAAAAAUUAGCUAGUUCUUUACCUGCCCCACAUCUGACAACAGGUGGGCUUGGUUUGGCCAAGACGGCUUGGCAGGCCAAAUGAGAAGGCCUGGUGGGCCUCACCACACCUUACAGCACCAAAGGGGAAAUGCCACACAACCAAAUCUAUGUGAUGGAUAUUGGGAUUGUCCUGGGAACCCUCUGAUUUGCAAAAUGGGAAAUAGUUUUAAGAUCCUUGAAUAUACAUGGCUGGAACCUCUGAUUUUUAUACCAUAUGCAAUGUCUCCUUGUGUUACUACUGCAAGGAUAUUUGAUCUCUGUGCUUAGGUAACAUCUUGGCAGAAGCUAUGCUCCUAUUAUUGGCAGCUGUGGCUUUUAUUUGUAAAAUAUUAAUCAAAUAUAUAGGAAGCUCCUCCUUGGCAUAGCAGUCAGGCACCAGGAUGCAGUAAAGAGAAUAUUUAUUUUUUUUAAACUCCCUCUUAACACAUUAAUAGGGAAAGCUUAUUAAAGAAGGGAUAGGAAGGGAAAUUAACAAAGCAGUAGCCAGGAGCAGCAGGAGGAGAUGGGAUAAUAAAUUAAGCACAAUUAAUGUUCCUGGCACUUUAUAGCUCUCCUAAAAACAUGCUCAAUGACUUAGGGAUGUGUGUGUGUGUGUGUGUGUGUGUGUGUGUGUGUGUGUAAUUUUAUGGGUCUAUGGCUAAAGUACAAUAACAGCAGAUGUAAAGCUAUUCCAAAGAAUGUGAAUGGACUGAGAUUCAUUUAGGCAACACUAUGAUCCUUAGAACAUGCAUGCAUGCACACACACACACACACACACACACACACACACACACACACAGAGGCGAUGGAUCUAUUUUCAGCUGUGCCAAACGCUCAUUCUAAACUAUACUGUUUUAACUUUUGGCAUUUCUCCCCACUGCUUCUGUGAUCUGGGGCUUGUAAUAAUUCCACCUGCUCUUGUCAAGUUCUGUGAAGAAUCUUACUUGAAUGAUGUUACAUAAACACCAUGGUGUGUGCUUUCUUGCGGCUUGAGCUAGGCCUUUGCUCCCAUAUUACAUUAUAGGAUCCAGAGCCCGCAAUAGACAGUGUCAACUGAUAUGUAAUAAGAUAGAACAGACCGAGUUUCCCCCCUCUACGCUUGACUCCCUAGGGAAAUCACUUUUGUAAACACAUACACUAAGGCAAUACUGGCAGGCACUGCAUAUUAUCCACUAUGCAAGGCUGUAGCUGGCAGUGUAAAAUAUGUCAUGAUGUAUCACUGUUUAAGAGAGAUUGAGCCCUUGGGGAUAUUUCCUAAGAUUAAAGACAGGAAAUGGCAAAUGAAUUGUAUUAUUUUCCUCCACCACCCUCGCCUAACAGAUGUUACCGCUCUGUUUACCAAAGAACUGCUUUCUGGCACAAAAUGCUGCCAGUGCCUUUAUUUGCCAUUUUGUUAGGAGGGUUGUGGUCCUCUUCCAAGCUUAGGAAACAUCUUACGUUUCCCCAGUUUAGCAACAUGGACUUGGAUCAGGAGUCAUCUGCAACCACACAAUAGUUAAUGCAUAAUGUUGCAAAGCACAUGGUGUAUUAAGAACAAAUCUGAGUUUCAGGCAUCAAGGCACAAACAGGCCAUAGGGCAGUAACAAGGAACAGGGUAUCAACUUUCUGGAAGCAGCACAACUUCAGCAGCCACUCUGUGCAGACAGCUCUAAGGGAUCAGUCCAUAGUCCUGUCCUGUCAUUAUGCCUGAAUAAUGGAUUGAAAAUGUGAGCAGGAUGCCCCAUGCCAACAUUCCCAUAUUGAGAGGGAAGGUGUAAAUAGACUGCACUUAGAAGCUUUUGCGUGAUCAGAAAAUCUUUGUUGUUAGGAUUCCUGAUUGUGAAUAAGCUUCUAAACGCAUUCAUCAAGUUACAUGCAGACGCUCCCUUAAGACCUUCCCACUUAAUAAGAGAACUGGUUGGGAGUAGAGGGUGCCAUAAUUUGUAUUCAUGGGGAUACUGGGGUGGGGCCAGUGUGUAUUGAUGUCAGGUGUAAGUUAGGGGUGUGUGUGUGUGUGUGUGUGUGUGUGUGUGUGUGAGAAAGCAGCAUAAAAGUCAGCAGCAAGGUUUGAAACAAUAAUAUAGCAGCAAGAGAGCAGUAGUAAUAAAUAAUAACAUGUCACGAGUGGCUGGUGGUUCUAGCUGUCAGGGCUAAUUGAUGGCCUAGGUCAGGGGUCAGCAAACUUUUUCCGCAGGGGGCCGGUCCACUGUCCCUGAGACCUUGUAGGGGGCCGGACUAUAUUUUGGGGAAAAAAUGAAUGGAUUCCUAUGCCCCACAAAUAACCCAGAGAUGCAUUUUAAAUGAAAGGACACAUUCUACUCCUGUAAAACCACACUGAUUCCUGGACCGUCCACGGGCCGGAUUGAGAAGGCGAUUAGGCCGGAUCCAGCCCCCGGACCUUAGUUUGCCUACCCAUGGCCUAGGUCAGGGGUCUGCAACCCGCGGCUCCGGAGCCGCAUGUGGCUCUUUUACACCUUUGCCGCGGCUCCGGGGCGGAUACUAGCGAGGGGAGGAGGCGCAUUGUGUGCCCCGACACUCCCCACUGUUUUAAAUGUCGCAAUGGUUUUGCGGCUCCCAGGUUUUUUUUCUUCGGUCCAAGUGGCUCUUUUUGUCUUAAAGGUUGCAGACCCCUGGCCUAGGUGAUGAAGCAGUAGAUCUGCUUGGCAGUUAUCUUUUGUUGUGCUUCCUUGUGCUACUCUUCUAAUGUUUUGCUUAGAGCUCUCCAGAAAUCGAUCCUUGAAUUUCUCAAAAGUUUUCGUACCCUGCAAAACAGUCUUGAAUUUUUUUCCAGCAUCAAUCUUACUGCACUCAAUAAUUUCUUUAGAGUUGUUUUGAGUGUGAGGUUUUGCGCUUACUUUAUCAUUGCGUGGCGGCCAUGGGUGGUAUAUGUGUGUUUUUUCCCUCACUAAAAAAUUCUCCAGCACAUUAGUGCCUCCCUAGCUGCUUGUGCUUCUGGAUAUGAAAAAGCCUCCUGGGAAGUGUUACCUUGUCAUGCCUUCCCCUGGGCUUUGACUGAAGUGUGGCACCUGGGAAGGCUGCAGUGUACAAACCAAGGGAGAGAUGAUUUGUAGAAUUUAAGAAAGAACAUUCACAAACAUCCCUGGACUACUUCUAAAGUAUGGUAGGCAUUACAUACUCCAUGCUGCACUCAAGAUUAUUUCACCAAAAUGUUCUUUUCCUAGUGAUGAUUUCCAAAAGCAACUUCUUCUUUUUUGUUAAAAGAUUGCAGGAGUUUUUUUUAAAAAAAAUUUCCAUAGCUCUAGUUUCCUUAGCCUUUUGGCCAAUCUCAGAGGCUACCCACUAUAAAUGCACUUGCAUAUGGUACUUUCAUUUCUUCUGGGUACUUAGAAAUGCAUUCGGCAAUGUUUCAGGCAUUUUUCUUUCUCUGUUGGUUACAGGGUGCCCUUUCUAUAAAACAAAGCCAUCUGCUUUGUGUCACCUACAGUGUGCAAUGGUGUGAUAUCCUCUGAAUUGCUAAUAUCUACCUGGGUUAAGUCAUGUCAUUUGUCAUGUGCCAGAAAGAGUUAUUGACAGUGGCUUAAGAUGGAGGGAAGGGACAGGUAGAAUUUAGAUCCAAUGUAUGCUGUGAUCUUGGCAGUAAUUGUCUCUACAGAAGACUGGGAGUUGCUACGAGACUUCGAAAUUACAUCCACCUGUCCGCAAACCUCUUGGCCUCCAUUUGAGCUGUUAUCAGAGCGUGACAUUCUCUCCCCCCCCCAUCAAGCCUGAUUUGAUGGUUGUUAAUACUUGAUGAUUUGUACAAGAAUACACUUAGGGGGCAGCUUCUCUGGAGCUAACAUCUGGGCAAUUUUUAAAAUAAAUUUUACAAACUCGGAACAUUUAAUACCAUAACAAGUAUUAUGGUGUGGACGUGACACUGUUAAAAGUCAUAUGCUUAUAAAACAUACAAUUAAAUAGGCUCUUUACUGUUCACAGAUGUAAUUUAGGAAAUCGUUUCCAUUCCAUUUUCCAUUAUUAAAUCUCCAAGGGAGCUUUCAGUUGAAUUUCUAGAAACAAAACAUAUUCUGUACCCUAAGGACUGGCAGCUUAAAAUGUUUGAUGUGCCUUCCCUUCGCUAUUGAAAGAGACUAUUAAAUAAGUUGCAACAGUGGAAGCAGUACCUAUGGGGAAAAUAAGGGUAGAUUCAUACAACUGUUCUACCCACAAUUCAGUGGAUUUUUUUUUUACCUUAUAAUCGCUUUUUUCAGGGGAACCUUACAGGAACUCAGUUCCGGCACCUUUCAGGUGGGCACCAUUGGCAUUCUAAGAGAACGAGGGAGGUGUUCAUGGCGGGUUCCAGCAUCUCUCUUUGUAGAAAAACAGCACUCCUUAUAGCAGACUGCUUUGCGCAUCACAUUAAGCAAAACUAUGGCUUAGCAUGGACACAUGAGCAUGCAGGGGGUUGGAGCUGCUUCACUCCUCCAUUGCCAUUUUGCUGCUGCAUUAUAUGAAACCAAACCAUAGUUUGGCUUAGUCUGUCAUUCAAACCUAGGCCCAUGGAUUAUCCCUCUCCAAACUAACUACAAGCCAUACACCAAGAACAAACCUUGGUUAUAUGAGCAAGGCAGCCACAAUCUCCUCUCUGGGAGCCUGUAAACUCAUGUGUUCAUGCUAAACUAUUGUUUGGCUUAGUGUGAUGUGCAAACCAGGCCCCAGUCUGGUUUUGUGGGUGGCAAUACAGAUUUGGGUCCUGACCAUUCAAGACCUGAAUGAGAGAAUGAAUGAUUGAUUUUGAAAAGCUGCAACCUGAAUACAUUCUGAAGAUUAGGGAAUUGGUGGAACAUGAGACUCUUAAUCUUAGGGCCUGAGGUUAAGGCCCAUGUUGGGCAAAAAGAUUCCUGCAUUGCAGGUAGUUGGACUAGAGGACCCUUGUGGUCCUUUCCAACUCUACCGUUCUGUGAUUCUGUAUCUACCACCACAACAGAAAGUGAAAUCUUGGCCACUUAGGCUGUGGGAAUCCACUAUCAACUCAGCUUCUGUUGCUUACCAAUGGUGUCUUAGAGAUAUGGCAUUUGUCACAGUCCAAUGUUCCCUCCUUACAACUGAUUCCAUAAUAUUUUCUAUAUGUCUGUAAAUAACCACUGUCAUCCAGGGAGCAUAGUUAUGUUCAUAGGAACAAAUGAAGAUGUUUUAUACACAGUCAGGCCAUCUAGCUCAGUGUUGUCUACAAUGACUGACAGCUCCUCUCCAGGAUUUCAGACAGGGUUCUCUCCCAGCCAUACCUGGAAAUGCUGGGGAUUGAACCUGGUGCCUUCUGCAUGUAACCAGAAGUUUCUGGACGACAGCUCCCACCACCCCAGACCAUUGAUGAUGCUUGUUGGGUCUGAUGGGAGUCCAGGAACACUUCUGAGGUAUAGUAUUUCAGUCUCACUGUAAUGGGAUAGCAUGGUAAGUACCAGCAGUUAUAUUAAAUGGGAAUGAUUCCUCCAAGGAAGGAUAGCAAGACAGCACACAGGUAAGGAAAAUAAGAGCAAGGCUAAGGAAAGCCAUUUGAGGCCCCCUCUGUGCUCUUCCUUUGGCUGCAAGAACUCUGGUGGUAAGGAAUCUCUAGAACCUGCGUAUGAGCAAAACCCUGUAUGCGUGUGUAUGUAUUUAUGUUAGUUUGGCUGGUGACAACGUACUGCAAGUUAUUUGUUUCUUCUUUUCAUUUCAAUGCUCCUCGAGGAACUGCCUUUUCGAUGUUUAUAUUCAGUCCCAUAGACUACUUCAUUAACAUUUAUGGUAGAGUAGGCAGGCACAGUAGACAGUGAUAUUUGCACAUGAAUACAUGGGUGUGCAUGUAUACACUCAUGCACAGAGUUAGGAGACCCACAUCAGGAUGCUUUCUUUGCCCCCAAACAUUUAAACCAAAGAGGCCAAUGAAUCUUAAAACUUGUUGGUAAGAUGACUGAUUUCAACCUUGCCAUUUUUUUUUAAAGCUCUUUCCAUUUCAAUUGCUUGGCACACAAAUGGAUAGAAUGGCACAUCCAAAUGUGUGACUGGGAGUUUUCUGUCUGGCGCACAAACAUGUCCCCCUAAGAUCAUUAUCUUUGGGGGUAACUUAUACUUCCUUUCGGUCCUAUUUUCUUUUUUACCUGUCCUUUGGAACACUGCCUCUAUGAUAUAUGUUCUUCUUCUUCUUGCUUCCAGGGUAGCUCUUUGUUAACCAAACCCACACACCAAGUUUUCAGAUGUGCAACAAAUCCCAUUUCCCCAAGAAGGAAAGUGGCAGGAAAAUGCGCUGGAAAGUGUAGGAUAACACUUACUUUAAUGCAAUGUCAUUGAUAAUCACUGCAAACAAAUCAGAGUGAAUACUCAUUAAAAUGCCAACCUUCUCUAACCUCCCUGCAAAAUACAUCAGGAUGAAUGCUGAAUACACAGGCCAUGUGGAAGCAUCCAGAGACAUGCUUUGGUGGGAUUACAUUCAAUAGUUACCUUUGCUAAGAACAAGCAACAGGUCUGCUGUCUUUCCCUCAUCUGGCUGGGCAGAAUCCAGGGCAGGAAUCUUGGAGGCCACCCCAAAGGACAUAUAAUGUUCCCAAAGCUGAAAGCUCCCCUGACAACAGUAGCCGUUCCAACCCUCACUCCAGCACCUUCGUCGUUAAUCUAUGGCUAAAGCACAAUUCUCAUUAUUCUGCUUUCUGCUAUAUGCUAAUCUUCCUGCCUCUUAUUUGUACUCACUCAUAAAAAUUAAGUAAUGAGCAACCAAAAAGAAAAGGGGGGGGGGAGCCUAACGACCAGCUGCCAUCUCAUCAAAAACAUUUAAAAAUAGAAAGUGUCUCCAGGAGUUCAGCUUCCUUCUAGGGCAAUGCGCACCAUUCCCCCCCCUCAUUAUUUAAUGCCAACUAUCUAUGAGUGGGGGAAAGGCUGCAAGGUGUUUCUGACUUUUAUUUCAUUUUGACAGUCCACCUGGGCUGGCUACUCCAGCCUCUUCUUCUUCUGCUUCUUCUAUUAGACUUUGUUUCCGUGGAAACAGUUGUGAUGUAAUGCUGAGAAAGGUGAUGUUGAGCAGGAACUUACAGCAGGUGAUCACAGAUGAAAAACAGCUCUCUCUCCCCCCCCCACCCCGCUGCAGAUGUCUUCCAGAGAGCAAAAUCAACAGCCACUAAAACAAAAGAGAACAACAAAGCCUGGUGAUAAAGAAGAAAGAAGUGACAGAUAAAUCUAAAAUGAUUUAAAAUCAGCUCUUUGCAAAUAAUAUUCCACAAACAGCCAGAAAGCCUUUGAAGGCAGAAUAAUCCUUUCUCUCUUCUCCCUCACCCCAGGGCUAUUAGUUUUGAAUUUCUGUUGUUUGUGAAUGCAUUUAUGCUCUAGAAAGCAACGGUAGCUGGCAUAUUUAUUUAUUUUCCCCAGUAUCUUUUGAGAGCAAAACCCCUGAUCCUAAAGCAUGGGAUUGCUGCCACACUGAAAGAAAGAACCUGGGGUCAUGUGGACAUGUGCAAAGGUGCAACUAGGUGCCAAUGUGCUAUUUAUUUAUUUAUCUGCUGAAUGUCAGCCUGCCGUUGCUUAUCAAAGUCAAAGAAGUCACACAGUUUUGUUUCUAAUCAGAAAAGCAGAGCUGGCUGAACACAGAAGAAUGGUUGUAAAAUCUCCAUAUCAUUCUCCUUUUUCGCUAGCUGCCACCAAUGUAAAAAUUUGGCCCCAGCUGCGUUACGAAUGUAUUUUAUAUGGAAUACUGAUAAGGAGCAUGGUCUCCAAAGUAUCACAUCUAAAGGAUGAAAGUGGGAGCCAGAUUGUGGGGUGACCUGGAUGCUGCCAUGACUGGGGAAACGGUAGUUGAUUGCCCUGCCUGGGAUCUUAGUGGGCUUCCUCCUCUCAUGGGGCCUGGCAGGAUCUUUAAAAGGGCCAUUCAGAUCCACCAUCACUAGUUCUCACCAGCCUGAAAGUGACGUUUCCAACAUGUCCCUGUGGUGGUUAGCAUGGCUGCAGAGACCUCAAGAGUGGAGACCACAUAUAGGCACCUGGGCAGCAAAUUAAUAGGCUUUGUGGCAACGUAGGGUGGUCUCAGGAUUGUUGUUGUUGUUUAGUUGUUUAGUCGUGUCCGACUCUUCGUGACCCCAUGGACCAGAGCAUGCCAGGCACUCCUGUCUUCCACUGCCUCCCGCAGUUUGGUCAGGCUCAUGUUCAUAGCUUCGAGAACACUGUCCAACCACCUUGUACUCUGUCGUCUCCUUCUCCUUGUGCCCUCCAUCUUUCCCAACAUCAGGGUCUUUUCCAAGUAGUCUUCUCUUCUCAUGAGGUGGCCAAAGUAUUGGAGCCUCAGCUUCAUGAUCUGUCCUUCCAGUGAGCACUCAGAGCUGAUUUUCUUAAGAAUGGAUAGGUUUGAUCUCCUUGCAGUCCAUGGGACUCUCUCCUCCAGCACCAUAAUUCAAAAGAAUCAAUUCUUCAGCAAUCAGCCUUCUUGAUGGUCCACCUCUCACUUCCAUACAUCACUACUGGGAAAACCAUGGCUAAUCUCAGGAUUAGCUACCCAUCAAUAACGGCAAAACCGCUUGAACUUCUGUUUUCAGGGGGUUCACCUCUCAGAGGCACGCAAUGGCAUGUGGCUAGAAGAUCUGUGCUCCAGAGUGCUAGACUGGUUGCAGUGAUAGGAGUGGCCAGUAGCGAGCUUUUGACAGCUCACCCGCUCUUGUGGCAGAAAUGUCACUGGGUAGGAUCUAAACAUAAGGGGAACCCUCAAGUAAACCAGUUCUCAGCCCAAGCUGAGGUGGGCUGGGCCUGAUGCCACUCGUGUCAGGUUAUCAGCGGGAUUCCAGGAGCAUAAUAUAGACCAUGGUCCUUAUAUGCUGGUCAGCUCCCAUGGGAUUCUCCAGCAGGAGUGCUGGGAUGAUGUAAUGGGCUUCAGAUUGAAUAUUGUAGGGGACUAGUGGAUCCCGGCCCAAUGCCAUUCCAACCCUGCUUUCCACACUAUAGUCAAUAAACGUUUUGGCCUGUUUUUCACCCACAGCUGUGCCCUGCGUGUUAUUUAUCCCCUACAUGGCAUGUAGGGAAGCAUCCCCAAUGCACUUGCCAGGUUGUUGCAAUUAUGUAAGGAGUCCUGUAUGCUGAAACCAAUUACAAAUCUUGUAUGUCCUUUCAUAAUAGAGACAACUAAACUCUGCUUGCAUUCAUCCCAAUUGAUUCCACUGACUUCAAAUAUUUCGCUUUGUUUGUUUUCUUGCUUGUGUGGCUUGAAUUCUCACACCUUUAGUCCCAAGGGGCCUUCUUUCAAAACACAUUUGCUAAAUAUCUACUUUUUCAAAUGAAAAAUGAAGGAGAAAAUUUGAAUUUCUUUGCCCUUAAAAUGUCCAAGCCAGAUCUGCUGCCUUUUUCACUGAUGGCAGGAUGGAUUUUUAUUCGUGGCAGGAUGCUGUUUACCCUUAUCCUAACUUGCCCAAUUAACCACUGAAGUAGAUCCAGGACUAAUGCAUUUACUACAUGAACGACACAAUUAAUUCCAAAUAUAUUUCUAUAAAUGGGAGUCUUCCACUUUGAGCAUUCAAAUCUAGGCACCGUGCCAAGAAACCAUCUAUCUAGAGCCACUUCUUGGUGUUUGUGUGCCAGUAAAGCUAUGCUCAGUCUGCUAUCCUUGAUCACUUCUUGGACAGAGAUGACAUCUCACUUGAAGCCACCUUUAAAACACAAUUUACUGCAAAGUCCUGAUUCAGCUUUCCAUUAGAACCAGCACCUUCUGCUAGCUUACUUGUAGCUUAGGCUUUUUAACUUCUAUUGAUGCUGCUUGAGCAUUAUGUGCCUUGUUUAUAUCUGUGGUCUGGGGUGUUUGAUGCACCCCUUGAACCACAAGUGAUUCCCUGAUCUCCGUUCUACAAGGACUUCCAUUUGCAAGCAAUAAGCAUUUAUUGAGAAUGGAGAGCCAGAAAGAAUUGCAAGCCUGGCUUUCCUUCAGGAGCAUUGUCUACCCGAGGAUCUAUGCUUGGUACUUCAUUACACAGAAAGGAAAGCACCUAAAAAGUCCCAAUUAACAAAGGAAAAGGAGGAGUUUGGACUGAUUAUUCUGGAGAUGGUAAUAUCUGUAGCUGGGCUGUUCAGUGUAAGGGUAAUGUUGGGAUUGCUGGGGGCUCAUUUAUGCUUGACCUCGUCUGGAGAUGUGUUUGCAGAACUCAGCCUGGUGUGUAUGAUCACUGGGAAAAAUAGAAGAGUUGUUUACUUUCCAUGGGGAAUAGGUUCCUUCUCCUCUCUCCUCAAAGCAGAAACAUUGUCAUUUCAGUUUCCUACUGACUUAUCCACUGGUUUUAUGAUCCUUUAGCACUGCAGUGAAGUUUGCUGAUGUAAAGUAAGAGGGAACAUUUAGUCUUCCUCUGAAACUAUGUGGGGCUGAGAUAGGUAAGGAAUAUCUUAGAGAGAAGGGAAUAACAAUCCCCAUUCAGCUUUAAGUGGGCAAGGCAUGCAAAUGUAAUUUGUACCACUUUUUAACAAAUUAGCUUUUGCACCAUCAUCACACCAAGAUGAUUUCAGUGACUUUUCCAACUAGGCAGGCUUUUACUGUGCAACAGAUGUGGCCUUAAAUUUUGCUUCUACUUGCCACUGUCCCCAGGUAAAGGACCUGAGACGCUUUAUGCUGGGCAGAAACUCAAUGACAAUGAAUGGCACACAGUCCGUGUGGUACGUCGGGGAAAGAGUCUCAAGCUGACAGUGGAUGAUGAUGUUGCCGAAGGUGAGUGGGCGAUUCAUCAUGGGUUUCUCGUUUUGAUUCAGAAGACUUAAGUUACAUAACAGUUCUGUCACUUCGCACCUUUGGCCAUGCCUUACCUUUAAUACUACCCGUUUCCCCAAUAAUUAGGACAAAGCUUGGACCCAGUAAUGCUGUUCCCAGGUGGAUGCCAUUGUCCCUAACACUAUGCUCACAGUGUAAUGUGAAGCAUAGGAACCCCAAAUUAUACAAGUAGCUUCCAUGAAAAGAGGCGCAUGGAACAUCUGAAUCACAUACACUUUAUUAGCUUGGUGACGGAGAUGCUCACUUCUCCACCAUAGUGAACAAGGUAAUCAGCUUCGGUAAACAUCUGAACCAAGGGCAAAGGCUCAGACUAAUCCCAUUUAACAACAGUGGUGGGAACAGGAAAGGAUACCAUGCUUCUGUGCUUAUUUUGUCAUACUUCCUUGAUAGGGAUGAUGAUGAUGAUAAUAAUAAUUUAUUAUUUGUACCCCGCCCAUCAGAGGGGUUACAAUGCAGCCAGUGGUGGUUUCCUACUACUGCACCUCUUAAUUCAUCUGUAGUUCCGACAUCCCAGACAUGCCCUAUUAUCUUUUGUGACUGUUCUGAACUCAGGAAGGCGGCUCAGAAUUCCGUAACUAUUGGAUUGUGCCCCAUAGGAUGUUUUCCUGACAUCUAGAAAAGAUUUGAAACAUAAAGCGGUUAAAAUCCAAGUUUGUAAGUGUGCAUUUUAUUAGCCUAGUGGCAGGCUUAAAAUUUGUGAAGAAGAGAGUUUAAAUAGAGUGAAAUGGAGCAGGAGAGAGAAAUAUGGAAUGUAAAUAGCCAUCCUAUAAUUUCAAAGUAUUGAAUUUUUGCAGGAAAAUCUGGUAGAAAUGUAAAUUACUGGCUUUACAUAAGACGAUCCUGUGCACAUGUUUAGGACUGCAGUCUUCUACCUCUAUGUUGGAAAAGUAUCAGUGCUAAGUAGGGUGCAGUGCUGAGGCACAGCCGCUUGAUGGCACACACUGCCUUGCACAGCCAUGCUUGCUGGGGGGGGGGAAUGUGUGCAUGGAAUUUAGAGUCCAUAAUUGUUAGCUUUAUGAACGCAAAUGUGAAAUCCUAAACCACUUUAAAUUAAUCUUACAUAUUGAAAUAUGUAAGUUAUUAUUCAUGCAAGUGAGGAUAUAAAUAAACAUCUACAUGACAUAGCCAUGGAGGGCAUCUGCAUAUUGAUAAAUAAACAGAUAUGCAUGUGUAACAAAGCAGUGUCAAAAUGGUUUCCUAAAAUUUGUUGUGACCUGCUCUGGGUGAAUGGUAAGUAAGGAAUCCAAAGAAAGAAAGAAAGAAAGUUCCCCCUUGCAGAACAGUGUGGAUAAUAUUUUGCUAGAGGAGAGGGGGGAAAAGAAAUAUUAUUGGGGGGGGGAUUAUCCUGUGAAAUUUUGGCUCUGCUCUAGCAUCUAACAAUGAAGCCGUAUAGUUUUGUGAGUGUGUUGUGUGAAUACUGUUGAAGUAAUUUAAUUAGAGCUUUUCUAGAAGCAAAUAAUUAAAGACCAGCAUAGAGACAUGCUAUGCCCAAACUGAGAGGUAAUUUGCCAUCUGAAGUUAAUGAGGCUGCUUUAUCCAUUUGCUUUCUUCUGCCUUACCCCCUGCCACAUCACUGAGCAGGACCAAAUGAUAACCAAAAUAAUAUCAGACAGUAGGGUAAAGCUAUUUCUGCUUGCGAAAAGCAGCAGGAUGACUCUCGAGCACAUUAUCAUUCUUAUGACUUCGUCAUCACAUUUCUUUCCUCCCUCCCUCCCUCUCUUCAUCCCCUUGCCCUUGAUAAUUUAAUUGACAAUCCUCAGACUGGGAAGCAGGGCAAUUUAUUUCUAAAGCGUUUCUGAAUUGUUUGCAUCUGUAAGAUCUGAUUCUAUACAGCAGAGGCAUGUCCAACUUUCAAGACACUGCGAUCUACACCCACUAUAAAAAAAACUGGCAAUGAUCUACCCAUGAGAUUGACCAAAGUUGUAAAGUUGUUGAGCUUUUUUUAGGGAGCCAAAUUUGUUUUUGGGGUGGUGGUGGCCAGGGUCCCCCAAUUGACCACGAUCUACCACGGACACCCCACUAUUGAUCAGUAGAUAGUGAUUGACCUGUUGGACACCCCUGCUAUACAGCAAUAAGUUACUUUAAGUUAGGCUGACUUUUGUAGGGAGUUGGCAGUCCCGGGGAACUCUUGAUCCCUGUCCUUCACUCCAGCGUGGAGCAUGGCACAUUCCAAAAUGUUGGACGGGUCUUUGGAGAAGUCUGUAACAUGGAAGACCAUUCAUUCAUAUCCCACCCUUCCAGUGGAUGCACAUCCUAUUUUGCCUCCUGAAACCAAAACAGGAUGUGCCACCCUGCUGCCUCUGCCUCCCAAUUUCAAGUGAGAUCACACUGAAAUUGUGCAAGACUUCACACGACUUUGGGCAGUGGUGGGGGUGGCAGGGCAGGCAAGGUAUCUGCCAGGGUGCUGCCUUAGGGGCUUCUGCUGCCUGAGACAAUUCCAUCACCCCACCUAAUGGAUGUGCUGGCCCUGCACCCUUCCUCCAAGGAGAAAAAUGGGCUAAAUUUUAUACUCUCAACAAACCUGUAAGGCGGUUUGAGAAGUAAGCCCUUUUCAGGCAUUCAGGUUGGACCCAUGAAGGGACCAGCAGGAAUGUAUGUGGCAAGUCCUGCUCCCUUUAUGAUGAUGCACUCCCUGGCCCAAGAUGUGAUUGGCCUGUGCUUGAAGGGGGCUGUCUCAAUUGCACCUCAUGUCAUUCUGGGUUCCUGUCCCUGAAAAAAGCAAUUCCCUCAGAUUAAUGCCAGUUAUGCCAUACAUCAGUGGGGAUGAAGCUUGCUUCACACUGUCCUGCUUACCCCAUCAUUCAUUCAGAUUAAACACCUGAACAGCAUUGUAGUGGCUGGCCCAAGGAGCUGUGUGGAGAUAUGAGUCUGGCCCUACUUUCCCAAAAUCCACCAGCCAGCUGCUAAUCCAUGCCUUAUCUUCUCUUUGCUUACUGACUCCCCAAAGUCUGGUAUUCCAUAUCUCUUUUUUUUUUUUUAAGAAUAAUUUUUUAUUAACCGACCAAUCACAUCAAAUCAAACCAAAUUACAUAAAUUCCAAAUUACACAGCCGAAUUUUAAAUUUUUGUUGGGGGUACCCAUAUUUCAAGUUCCGAAGGGAUCCAAUCAACUUCUUGCUUCUUACUGCUGUUUUAAUGUCCACAAAUCUAACCUUAUGAUGUUCACAGUACUAUCCAGUCCUUUCUUCUUGUUUUUCCACAUCUCUUGUUGUUAUUUUCAUAUAUUUUUCCUUUCUCUUUGUGACCUCUGAUAGUCUCCACAAGCUGGUUAGACAGUUUGUAAUCCUGCGUGGAUAUUAUUAUUUUUAUCCAGUAGCCAUAUCCAGACGUUUUCCAUGUAACAUCACUUCCAUACAUCAAAACAGUCUUAGCGUCAUUAAUCUUCACCAAUCUGCCUCCUUUCUCAAAACCUCUGAGGAGAUUCACCAGGAAUGCAGUCUGAAAACAAGUCCGUUCCUUCUCUUGGCUAUAAAUCCUUUGGCAAGAUGGCGACUCCGAAUUAAUUGCUGCGCCAUUCCAAAAGCUCUUAUUGCUUCUCGAUCUCCAUAAAGCAUACUUUUGGUUAAAGUUUAUCUCCACACAGACCUUAAUCAUCCUGCUUGGGUCAGUUCAACCGACGAUUCUAAUGAGGAGGGGUUCUUGUAAAUCACAUAGAAGGAAAGUAAAAAAGGUCCCCCCCCCAUUCAGUCCCGUUGUCAACAUACACCUUUGGUGUAUCUUCAUCGUAAAAUAUUCCUUUUUCUCCAACCCGUCGUCUUCUUUCGCAGAGGUCACUUAAAUUAGCAGACUUCACUCCCCUUCUUCACUUGAAAUAUGUGCAUUUGCUUCUUUUGUAAUUAAUUAUUCUAAAUUGCUGCAGCUAGUGCACGAUCAGAGACAGCGUCCAGGAGAGCUGAGAUCCACACGGGGGCAUUCUGCCUAGGGCCCUCACCCCCUUCUUUCAAAUUAGGGGGUGAUUUAUGGGCACAGCAGGCAAGGGCAGUGUUCCCCAUUUCCUUGGGGCAACAAGGGAGGCUGCCUACUCCCAUAACAGCCUCUUAAUUACCCCGUGUGGGUCGGACAGAUGGUAUUGUCGGCCAUCUUCCAAUGCGCCCCCUAGUGGCCCCCCGGUAUUCCAUAUCUCUUAGCAGCUCAAUGUUUGCACACUUAGCAACAGUUUGGCAGCUGAAAAAUGUCCUUUACAGUCCUGAGUUCAGUCUCUCAGUUGUAGUUGGGAGACACGUCUUAAAGAGAAAGAAACACCCAACCACUCAUUCAAGUAAUGCGCUGGUCAAGCUAACUGAACCAGACCAUUAUGAGCCCAGUCUGUAAAGCAGGUACACAGCAAAAGCUUUCAGCCUUGAGUCCUUGAUCAGAUGGUACACUAAGCCAAACCUUGGUUCAACAAUACAGUGGUACCUCGGGUUACAUACGCUUCAGGUUACAUACGCUUCAGGUUACAGACUCUUCUAACCCAGAAAUAGUACCUCAGGUUAAGAACUUUGCUUCAGGAUGAGAACAGAAAUCGGCGGCAGCGUGGUGGCAGCAGGAGGCCCAUUAGCUAAAGUGGUGCUUCAGGUUAAGAACAGUUUGAGGUUAAGAACGGACCUCCGGAAUGAAUUAAGUACUUAACCCGAGGUACCACUGUAAUAAGAACCAGGAAGGAACUAAGUGAUGCUAGACUUUCCUGUGGAACACAGGUAUUAGCCUUCCCAUACAAUGCCAUGGGCUUAUAUUAUUACUAUAUAUUAUUGGGAGUUAAGGUAUGCUGUUUUUAAAAGCAUGAAAACAUCACACAGCAUACAGUGUAGCACUUCAGCUCAAGUAAUAAAUAGUAGAUUGUGAUGGCAAAACAUACACAGGUUUUUCUGAUGCAGAUUUCAAGAAUUGGCUGAGCUGUCAUUAAGAACAUGUCAUUUCUAAAGGAUUAAAGAAGGAGUAUUGUUGGAUAUUUGUGGAGGUUAAUGUAAAUGCAGGAGCACAUUAUAGAUUGGAGCAUUCACCACACGGCACAUUUUAAUUUGUAAACUUGAUUUUUAAUGCUUAUUAAAAAUAGUGGCUUUCUGGUUCUGAUAGUUACAGCAGGUGAUAGAUAUAUGGAGUGCUGAUGAGAUUCCAUUGCACUUUUAAGCUUGCCCAGGCUUUCAUUGAGGUUAUCUCUAUAACAAGCCCUGGGAGACUUAUUUCCAACCCAGUUUGGGCUGUGUGGAAUAGGCAACCCAGUACUCAGGUCUUUCAUCCAGUUUGCAAAACUUUUUCCCCACCAAGAGUAAAGGGAAAGGAGAUAUUGGCAGCAGUAACAUGCACACUACAUUAUAACUUAUUUCCUCCCUUUUAAAAGUAUUUACAUAGCAUCUAAUAAUUUCUUUAAAAUCUCUUAAGUGGUGUACAGUACAAAACAAAUAAUAUAAUUAAAGCAAAAAUACCUCAUAGAACUAAUAAAGCAUUAAUAUAAGAGCACAUGGAAGCAUAAAAACCCCCAUUAAAUACAAAUUCAGGGAGUUGAAACACAUAAAGCCAGAUCUGAUCUUAUGUCUUAGGGAAAGCCUGGAGAAAAAAUAUGUAUCUUUACAAGAUGCCUGAAGCAACUGAUGGUGGCUGCUUCAUGUAUGGAAAAGGGAAGGACAUUCCAUAGUACAGAGGCAAGAACAGAAAAUGGUCAUUAGUACUGUAUUAGAAACCUUAACCAAGAGUAAUACCUUGGAGGCAGGCCUCAUAUUACCAGUCCUAUUAGCUGCAGAACUUUUUUUUUCAGCUUUAUUUACUGUUUUCUGAUCCUCAGGUACUAUGGUUGGUGACCACACCCGCUUGGAAUUCCACAAUAUUGAGACUGGGAUAAUGACAGAGAAGCGUUAUAUCUCUGUCAUUCCCUCCAGCUUCAUUGGCCACCUCCAGAGCCUCAUGUUCAAUGGCCUUCUCUACAUUGACUUGUGCAAGAAUGGUGACAUUGAUUACUGUGAACUGAAAGCCCGCUUUGGGCUGCGCAACAUCAUUGCGGACCCUGUCACCUUCAAGACCAAGAGCAGCUACUUGAGCUUGGCAACUUUGCAGGCCUACACCUCCAUGCACCUGUUCUUCCAGUUCAAGACAACCUCUGCUGAUGGCUUCAUCCUUUUCAACAGUGGUGAUGGAAAUGAUUUCAUUGCAGUUGAGCUGGUCAAGGGGUAAGUAAGAUAUUAUGUUGUCUCUGGGAGUAGGUUGGUCAAUCCAUGUAGGCAAUUGUGCCGUCACAAGUCUGACUAUAAAUUCAUAUUCUUCUUUCUCCUGGGAAGGUAAGUUGGAUAAAAUAUGACCUGUCCUGAUGAAGCUUCUUAUUCUGCUCUUUGACCAUGGACAACUCAUUAAGACCAUCUGGAAUUUUGGUUAGAAAAUUAGAGCAGACUGUUGCAGAUGUUUUGAAUCUUUUUUGUGUCUUAGCCAUUAAUUCAUUUUCAUUCUGGGCUUUCUUCUGAGUAGGCACUUGUGUCAUUUGCAGGUAUAUACACUACGUGUUUGACCUUGGGAAUGGACCUAAUGUCAUCAAAGGCAAUAGUGACCGGCCUUUGAAUGACAACCAGUGGCACAAUGUAGUCAUCUCCCGAGACAACAGCAACACCCACAGCCUAAAAGUGGACACCAGGGUUGUUACUCAGGUCAUCAAUGGUGCCAAAAACCUUGACCUUAAGGGUAAGUAACUGGAUCUUACCAGAUCAGGUAAAAUAUAUUCUUUGUAUUCAUGAUGCACCAUUUUGCACCAGGUUUAAUCCUUGGCAAUUCCAGUCAAAAACAAAUUAGGUGGUAGGUCUUGGAGAGACCUCCCACAUUUAAAAGCCAGGUGCUAUUUGGAAUGGACAUUACUUUGCAUAUGCAUUUCUUAUCACUGUAUUUUGAUAAGCUUUUUUUUGAGAUGAGAACCGCAUCCGAACCUUGCCUUGCGCACUGUGAAACUUGGAGGGCAGCUAAAUUCUUAUCUGCAUAUUGGUCCAAGAGGUGCAGACUAGGUUAGUUCCUACUGGAAUUCCCAAAGAAGAAAUUCCUCAAGAAGACACACACACACAAUUUCAUACCACACAGCGCUCUACACAUACAGAACUAGUAGGGAUGCAAUUUUCUGAAAAGAAUCAUUUUGAGUUUAUCCACAUGGAUUUCUUCUUGUUCUAAUUUUCAUCUCAUUUCUUGAUCUAAAUGAGAAGCAAGGUUUUUUGUGUUCCACUAAAGAUACAAACAGUUACCAUAUAUUGUACACAUUAUAUGCAUGUUACAUGUGCAUUAUACACAUAUACACUCCAGGUUACCCAAAGUAACCAGCACAUAAUUCUUCUUUAUUGUAACUUGAAUUCAUUGAUGCAAGAGGCAGUUCAGUAUGGACAAAACACAAACAGGUUGGAACUACCAUAUUCUGUGUAUAAAUCCAUUUAAAAUGGAUUCUUCCAUUCCUAAAUGUUAAUGGGUGAAACAGAAUGGUGAGCAAACCCCCUUUACUCUGGCAUCUAGUUGUAAGGCAGAUUUUAUAUGGGAGAACAGUGAAUUGUGUGAUCUCCCAUCUGCAGUCUGAAAUGCUCUAAUUCAAGAACAGUUUUUACAUGUGAUGAGUUUUCAAAAUCCAAGCCUCAGUCUUUUAAAAUGAACAAAUAUAAGAACCUUAGAACUUUUCCACUGGGCUAGACUUUCAUGAGUCUCUCUGUCAUGAGUUCCCCACCACCACCAAUGUGUGUCCUAUCCUCCAGUGGGUCUUUCAGGCCAUAUAGAUAUGGCUAAAACUGUUACAGUUGUAUUUAGUGUACAUAAAUUUGGGUAUAUGUUGAAAGUUGUCUUGAUUCAUAUUUUGCAUUUUCCUUCCUAGUCUUAUACGUUGAGUAAAAUAGCUCCCUAUUUCUAUAACAGACAGUCAUUUGUACUACUACUACUACUGCUACUAAUUUAUUUAUUUAUACCCCGCCCAUCUGGCUGGGUUUCCCCAGCCACUCUGGGCGGCUCCCAACCGAAUAUUAAAACACAAUACAGCAUUAAACAGUAAAAAACGUCCCUAAACAGGGCUGCCUUCAGAUGUCUUUUAAAAGUAAGAUAGUUGCUUAUUGCCUUGACAUCUGAUGGGAGGGCGUUCCACAGGCCAAGCGCCACUACCGAGAAGAAAAUCAAAUCAGCAGGCUGUUCUUCUGUGGGCAGCUCUUCCCUCUAUCUUUUCACUGGUGCGUGUUUUGCUGUUCGGUUAGGAAACUUAAGAAGAAACACUUUCCAGGGCCAAAGGUGCUGAAGUUGACAUGCCCAAAGUUCUCGUUUCAAUGCCAUGAAAGGUGCUUGGGGAGCCUGCACAAGGCUGCCUCUCCUGGUCUCACACACAAAGCUGCUUUGGCAGGGAAACCACAAAUCUCAACAAGUGGAUCCAAGAGGGCUUGUUAAUGGAAGAGCUGAUACAUCCUUGGGAGCAAUUUGGUGCAACACAGUGGUGUAUUGGUCAAAAAGUCACAGUUCCACAAAGCAACAGGCACUGCCGUGUGAAAAGAACAUUCAAUAAUGGGACACCGUUAUAGCAUUAUAAUCGGGAAAACAAACCCAAUAUUCCCCAUGUCUGAAUGCAUCCUAAGUGCUGGGCACCCUGUGGGUUAUAUCCUGUGCUGCUGUUCCACUUGCAAAACAGGCAUCCCCUUCCCCUUCCUCUCCCCCACAGUCACCCGUUCAUGUGGGGAGAGGAGUGUGAGAGGAAGUCCCCUUGAGUGAGCAGAACACAUUGGAUGCAACCUCAUAACUUCACUGUUUGCCUUAACCUUUUCCUUUGCCUUUUACUUGGUUCCCUCCAGGUGAUCUUUACAUUGCUGGCCUGGUUCAAGGAAUGUACAGCAACCUCCCCAAGUUGGUAGCAUCCCGUGAUGGGUUUCAAGGCUGCCUGGCAUCGGUGGACUUGAACGGGCGCCUGCCAGAUCUUAUUAACGAUGCUCUUCACCGCAGCGGGCAGAUUGAGCGUGGAUGUGAAGGUACAGCCUACCUAAAAUGCCAUUCCUUCUCACACAGCCCUCCCUACCUCCAUGCUGCUCUUUGCAUCACCACCACAUAUUUCCUCCAUAGAUGCUUGUUGUGACAUUCCUCCUCCAUCGCCAUCCACAUUCACCCUCCAUGAUUGUAACCAGCUUGGGUGUGCAAAAGAAAUGAGAGGUGACUGUGAAACACUCCAUGUUGUAAUGUAGCUUUCCUUUUUGGGUACUGUCAGGUGCUAGUGGUGGUUGCUCGUGAGUAACCAGGCAGGACUCCAACCUGUCUUUUACAGGUUUUAUUGGUGCAAACUAUUUACAGUGCAGAACCACAAAGUUCAUGUCUGUCUUAGUCACUUGCAGAUUCCGGGAGUGGCCCCUUCUGGUUUCUCCCCCAACAUAAGAACUUAGACACCCCAAAUCUCUGCCUCCCCUCCUUACGUUUCACCCCUCUGCGCAAGCUGGGUGACGGAAACGGCAAACGGCGUGUCUGCCUCGUGUCCAGCCGGGCUAGGGAGGCGCUUGGGCUCUCAGUAGCAUCUUUGAGCCCUCCCCUCGCUUGGCUGCCCCCUUCCCCCUCUGCUCCACUGGAGGUGUGGCUCUCCCCACUGCUGGAUGAGGGGCUGCUCCUCAGAAGUGUUGGAAGCUCUCUGUAUCCCCCUGCCUCCCUCUCCUGUUCCGAUGGCAGUCCCCUGACAUUCAUGUUGUGUGUCUCUCCAGAAUGGAAGACGCACAAACAUUUAGGAGGUGCCCAACACAAAAGCAACCCACAUAGAAAUUGAAGUCACACAACACACAUAAACAUCAACGUGUGCUGGGGUGGAGCUGUCCUCCUGACACGACAUUGCUGCAGCUUACCUGGGUGGUACUGGCUCAAGGCAGUGCUGAAGUCAGUACUGUGGAGGCACACCAGCAGAACCAAUCCAAUCCAUGCUCCCACCAGUGUGUCUGCAGAACCCCAACCUUCCCACUGUCCUGCUCCACUGUUGCACAGGUAAGCUGCAGUGAAGCUGGUUUCUGAAGGAUGGCUCGACCCUCCCAUGCUGGCCCCUACUGCCACCACUCCAGCUCUGAUUAACUGCUAGGGUAUAGUCAUAUGCCACAGUCCAGAUCUGCACCUGAGCAUCAAGCUUUUGAUAACCUCCUUAGCAAAGACAUCACCAUGCUUUGAGACCAAGUUCUCUUUUACAUCACAUCCCUGGGACCAAUUCAAACAUUGUGUCUAUUACAGGGAGACAGCUGGAAAUGCUUCUGCACUGUGAGUUGGUCAAAGAGAGCAAUGACAGGGAGUAAAAGAAAAGAGGCCUUGAACAUUACUUCCCUGAUUAUUCAGUUUUUCCUACCCAUUUAACGCUCUCUGAUGCCAGAUUUUAUAAUCUGGUAUAAUCAAAAGUUCUUGAACCCUGCAUUGGACUCCACAAGUUGCCGUACAGCAUAGUUGCCUUUCAUAUUCUAUAGAGUGCCAAAUUAUACUUCUAUGUCUCACCAUUAUUUUACUGGUCUGUUCCUGUAUGUUUUGGGUAAUCUCCCACUGGCCUUUCUGAGAGUCUGUGGAUCCCAUGGCCAGGUUGACUGUGUUCCCCACCAGCAGUCUCAAAUUUUAUAUGAUUUUGGAAUAAAUGACAUACAGCUUUGAGACAGUGUCUUUUUGUGCAGUGUUUUGAUAUAGAAUGGUUUGGAAAGAGAAAUCUGGGUGAUAAGGUUUUUGUGAAAACACUUGUCCUUGAACAGACAAAGGCUUGUGAAGAAGGCAGGUAGGAGAUAAUCUCUCAGUAUCAAACAAGAGAAACAGAACAUCGCUGCCAUUGCUGAGUCCUCAGAAAAAAGAAAAUACUCUUUGGGUGACAUCCGGUGGUGUCAGUCCACUUACACAAUGGCCUUCUGCUUGCAUAACUUGAGUUUCCCUCUCUUCUCCUCCACUGCAGUUUCUAGAGUGUUGGGAGACCCCUAAGGGCACAUGGGGACUCAGGGACGUGCUGGUGGGAGGAGAAAGAAAGGGAAAUAUAAUCAUGGCCAUUCAUGUGAUGUUGGACAUUGCUUUUAUGUUUAGAAGAGGCCCCCUUUCACACUUAGGCUUUUUAAACAAUCCUUUUAGUGGCCCACAACAUUUUCUUUUGAGAGAUGGGUCCCUGUAAGAGUCUUAGAAUAGUUUCUGGCUGCUCACAAUGAGUGUUUAAUAUUCUUAAAUAUAUAUAAUUUUAUGGAAGACUGAUUAUUUAACUUUCUGGCACCGGGAGGAUUUCAGAUAUCCUCCUGGUUGCCCAAUUUCGUUUUUAAAUGAUGUUAACCAUAUUUAAAAAGACAAGCACAGCUCAAAGUGGCAGAGUUCAUAGCUCAGAGGUGGAAUGCUUGUUUUUACAUAUAUGAGGUCUCAGGUUCAGUCAGGGACAACUUCAGUUCAAAAGUUUCAAGCAGCAACUUUGGGAAAGGACUUUGCCUUGGACCCCCACCAGUCAGCACGGAUCAGCCUGCCCCAAUCUGAUGUUUUGGACUACACCUUCCAUCAGUCUCAGCCAGCAUAGCCAAAAUACCUGGAGUGCACCAGGUUGGGGAAGACCAAUGUAAAUAUAGUGUAGUAGAUGGACCAUUGAUCUGGUUCCGUAUAAGAUUGCUCCUUGCGUCUUUUAAGCUCUGCUCAGUAAUAUUACACUGAAUCUUAAAGAAUAAAGAGAACAGCUAGUGAAGGUGACAGCAUAGAUGAGGAAAAAUCACCACCUAAUGCAUAAAUUGUCAGAUCCAGUACUAUGGGGGGAAAGGACAUUUUAGAGGAAUGUUGUGCAUAGCCCAGCCUGGGUUUAAAUCUUUAGCUGAAAAUUUGAGAUAUAAAUUAAGGAAGAACUGAGUUUGUGGAUGGUCCUUUGGAUGUGAUUUCAUUGUACAAUGCCUUUUUUUCAGCAGUUGACCCAGAAGCUUUUGGCAGCUACUUCCUUAUCCUGUUAAAUGUUUGAUCAGUGCUUUUCAGGCAGCUCAGAUGCUCCUGUAAAGGUAUUUUAGCAAAGCCAAGGGCUUUGUUGCAUCCAGCUGUGAGGAAUCCAAGCCUUAGCUGGUGGUUAUCACACAGCCCUUAGGUAUUCAGCUGUGGGAUGACAUAAUCGUCAUGAGUGGCAUUUAAGGCAGAAAGGCUGUAUCAAAUCAUAACAUUCUUGGCAUUAGUUACAUAAAAACCUGAGCACUCUCAGCCGCAUAAGAAAAUGACUUGGUCACAACAGACACACCAUAUUAGCAGAAGCAGUUAUAGCAAAGAAGAUUGCUUGACCAGCAGUUUAUUGUAGGAACAUAGGAAACUGCCUUAUGCAGAAUUCAUCCAGCCCAUUAGGGUCCAAGCCAAAUGGUAUGAGAUUCCAGGGAUUUCAAACGGACUCUUCCAAGGUCUAUGUUUCCUUUUGUGAAAGAUGCACAGCAGAGACUGUGGUGUUUUUAUGACAUAUAUACAACCUGAAUCUACAAAGGAGGGGAUCAAAUUAUCACACUCCAAGAGGGUCCUGUCUCUCUCAUGGCUGGGAGCCCACAUUGUGCUCAAACACCCCCUCCCCAGCUCGCUGCAUUUAGCAGAUGGACACUUCCCUGUGCCCUCAAAAUCCUAAACCUUCUGCUCUCCUUUUGUCUCUGUUUACUGUCUCAGAGCUCAGGAAGAGGCUUCUCCCACUCUCUGGCUGGCUCAGAGUCUUUCCUUUGUUGAUAGCCCAUCUCUUUGUCCUUGUUCCCUGCUAACGGCCUACCUUCUCCCAGGCAGCUUCCUGCACAUGGGAAAAACUGGUUGGGCCUAUACUUUGACACUCCUAAAUUCAGUGCUUGGCAGCCCAUUGUAAUACACCAAGCACUGAUUAAACUCCAACGCCCGUUAGACUCAGCACCCAUUUGACCCAGUGAUUUAGGGGAGUCAACACACCCAUAAAAGCAGCAUCUACACUGACUAGCAAUCAUUUUGCAAGGUUUCAGAAUGAAGUCUCUCUCCCAGCUCUACCUGAAAAUUUUGGGGAUUGAACCUGGGACCAGGCAAUGUGGAUGCUUUGCCAUUGAGUUGCAGCCCUUCAUUUCGGGCCAUAGGGGCUGCUGGAAUCACUAUUUUAUCUGGAAACAAGAGGGGGGAAGCUGGACCCAUUUCAUUUAUGUAUAUACCUAAGUAUUUUAAUAACUUAGAUCCUGACUUUCUUCAUUGAGAUGGACCCCAGGCAUCUCACAUAAGUAAAAAACAUCAACUCCUAAAAUAAAAUACUACAGGUGAAA